UGGCGCCGGGGGGCGUGUCUAAAUGUGAUUGGGCGAUACCAACUCCAUAACACGACUACCGGGGGGGAGGACAGGCUGACUGUGUGUCCGCUGUAACCUCUCUCCGGGCAGCACUGCCAUAAAGGUGUGUGGCGGUAAAGGAUAAAGUGACCCGGGAUACACCGGCCGCUGCCAGCCGGGCCUCAGUAACCGCGCGCUCCGUGUGUGAGCGGUCAGUGCAGCCAGCCCCCCUCUGUGGGCACGGCCAGCUGGAGAAUAGGCGAGUGCCUUCCGUCAGCUGACAUCCCCCCAGUGUCCAGCCGGGAUUGCAUUAGUCCGGAUUCCGGGUCGGAGUCGGUAGGUUGGACACGCAGUGCUCGGUAAGUGACCGCGAGCAGCCCCCCCCACCUGUCACGGGGACCAUUCCCAUCCUAGCAAACCGAGCCCGUCACCCCCCCCCGGGUCCUAGAGCCGCCCACGGCUCACCUUAGACCCAGUAUCAGCCUGUGUGUGUUACAGCGAGCUGGGUCCGGCCAGCCUGACACUGAGAGCAAUCACUGAAACACUGACUGCCGGCUCUGUGUGUUGGAUUACACUAAGUACCCCGUAUAGUGUGUUAGAAUGCACUAAGUACCCCGUAUAGUGUGUUAGAAUGCACUAAGUACCCCGUAUAGUGUGUUAGAAUGCACUAAGUACCCCGUAUAGUGUGUUAGAAUGCACUAAGUACCCCGUAUAGUGUGUUAGAAUGCACUAAGUACCCCGUAUAGUGUGUUAGAAUGCACUAAGUACCCCGUAUAGUGUGUUAGAAUGCACUAAGUACCCCGUAUAGUGUGUUAGAGUGCACUAAGUACCCCGUAUAGUGUGUUAGAAUACAGUAAGUACCCCAUAUAGUGUGUUAGAAUACAGUAGGUACCCCGUAUAGUGUGUUAGAAUACAGUAGGUACCCCGUAUAGUGUGUUAGAAUACAGUAGGUACCCCGUAUAGAGUGUUAGAAUACAGUAGGUACCCCGUAUAGAGUGUUAGAAUACAGUAAGUACCCCGUGUAGUGUGUUAGAAUACAGUAAGUACCCCGUGUAGUGUGUUAGAAUACAGUAAGUACCCCGUGUAGUGUGUUAGAAUACAGUAAGUACCCCGUAUAGUGUUAGAAUGCAGUAAGUUCCCCGUAUAGUGUGUUAGAAUACAGUAAGUUCCCCGUAUAGUGUGUUAGAAUACAGUAAGUACCCCGUACAGUGUGUUAGAAUACAGUAAGUACCCCGUACAGCGUGUUAGAGUGCAGUAAGUACCCCGUACAGCGUGUUAGAGUGCAGUAAGUACCCCGUACUGUGUGUUAGAGUGCAGUAAGUACCCCGUACAGUGUGUUAGAGUGCAGUAAGUACCCCGUACAGUGUGUUAGAGUGCAGUAGGUACCCCGUACUGUGUGUUAGAGUGCAGUAGGUACCCCGUACAGUGUGUUAGAGUGCAGUAGGUACCCCGUACAGUGUGUUAGAGUGCAGUAGGUACCCCGUACAGUGUGUUAGAGUGCAGUAGGUACCCCGUAUUGUGUGUUAGAAUGCAGUAGGUACCCUGUAUUGUGUGUUAGAAUGCAGUAGGUACACUGUAUAGCAGGGUCUAAUGCGCAUGCGUGGCAAAUGCCGCGUGUGCAUUAGACCUCCCCAUAGGAAAGCAUUGAAUCAAUGCUUUCCUAUGGGGGGGAAAAAAAUCUGACACUGGAGGUCCUCAUGUAGAGCGUCCAGCAUCAGAUACCAGACCAAAGGUUCGUUUUAAUUUAGGAAGCCCUCUAGUGGCCAUCUGGCAGACGGCCACUGAGGGCAGACUUAGAGCUGCAAUGUAAACUGCAGUGUCUCUUUAAACUGUAUAGGGCUGUAGUUAUGUUGCUUGGAGUGGUGAUUAAAAUAUUCUGCUUACCAAAAAUUAUUUAGGCUUUUUUUUUUGUUUUUAAAACCUAUCUACAGAUUCCGAUAAAACAACCUGUUUAGACAGAAUAUUCUGUAACUUUGUUUUUAUUAUAAAGAACCUUUUUUCCCUGCUGUAGAUAAACUAUAACUCAAUUGUUUGUCUCGUAGCAGUCAGCUGACAUUGGUACAUGGAUGUUGGCUUGUGACUUAUAUUGAACGCUAUUUUCAAAUGAUACACCUUUUGUGGUAAUUCCUUUUUUUUUUUUUUUCCUGAUUGCAUAAGCACACUUUUUCUGGUGGUUAGAAAAACAAUCUAGUUUUCUUUCAAUACACCUGGUACCAGUAUGUCACCCAAUAAAGUUUACAUUGGUCUUUUCUUGUAUCCUACUUUUCCCAUUUUAAAAUACAUUAUUUAAACAUUGCGUAACAUAUCUAUUGUGGUUGUGCCCUCCCUUGAGCUUGACAGUCUUUAAUACAAUUUUCAAACUUUAUUUUACAGUGUCAAUGCAAACAAUAUAAUUCUACAGCAGUUUCCAACUUGUAGGUCUACUACAGUUAUGUAAUGGUUAUUCAGUGGAGAUCUGGAUAGCAUUGCCUAGUAACAAAUCUAGAAUAAACAAGGUUUCUGUGUGUGUGUAAGGGACCACGUCAGGCGCAAUAACAAAUUCACAGUGCUCGGAGAUACCCAGUGUCGGCUUGUCAAAAGGGGUUAAAUGGGGAUCCAAUGGACAGGUACCACUGAUAGGGUGCAGGCUUUCACUAAGACUCCCAAUCAGUAGCUUUCCAUUGUGGGGGGCCGGGAGGCUUAGGCUGAGAGCGUCAGGGGAUAUAUUGUGUCUGUGGCACCCAGUGUGAGGCUUCUGAUGAAGCCUUGGACAUUUAAUGUAAGACAGCUUGAAGACUUUGGGGGGGUAAACCAUUCAUUAAUGGUAUAACCUCUUUAAGUGAGAUGCAGGAAGACCUUCCCACACAAGGAAGACAGGCUCUUAUCUGGAGUGUCUUUCUUGUCUAUGGAUACAGAUCUUAUCCUACAUACUUGUAUAAGGUUAUUGGGUAAAUAGUUGUUUGUGGGUUUCUUCUCCCAAUGAUUGGAACUGCAUUAUAAACUCCUAGCAGACAUGAUACACUUGUUGUGAAAUAACAUUAUUAGAAGAAAUUAUAAGCAGCAAAAACACCAUCUUAAUUUUUUUUAAAUUUAUUUAUUUAUUUAAAUUUUUUGUAUGAGGAAAAAGCAAUGUUUUUUGAUUUCUUAAGGUUUUUAUGUUCGGUGUCCUCAAGUGCAAUUUGAUAACUUUGAAUGUGACUAACGUUUCUCAUAAAGAAGAAUUGGCUUCAGUUCUUCUCGGAGACUCUUUAUGGUAGUUGCCAUGCAUGCACCAUACCGUCUCAAUUCUUUUAGAAACUGUCCUGGUGCUGGAUUACCGGCAAUGUAAUUUAAAUGCAUACGUCUCUUGCACAUUUAGCCCUUUUGCAAUAUACGUUCAAAAUAUGUUCUUUUAUUAGAGGGGGGGAAAAAGGUCUUUCUGCUUCUGCAACCAUUUUAGAAGUUGAAUGAUGUCCAGCAUCCACCUUAUAUCUGCACUAAGGGAAGGGAAAUGCAAGUAUAAAUACAAUAAUGCAGUGCUGGAGACCCUGUUUAUGGUGUAAAAACUGUGCCAAUGAUAUUGAUGAGAUAAAUCCCAGUGAUUUCAGGUAAUUGAAAUCUUUCAUUACAGGUUCACUUUAAUGCUGCAGGAUUCCAAUGUAUUUUGGAUAGUUGAGCGCUGCCAACUUUAUGACAGUAGUUUGGAGAAGGCUCUUUCCUGUUACAGCAUGACUGUUACUCUGUGCACAAAGCCCAGACCUCAACCCCAUCGAACAACUUUGGAAUGAAUUGGGAUGGCUGUUGUGAGCCUCGCCUCAUAAAUACCCUUUUGACUGAAGAGGCUCAAAUUCCCACAGACACAAUGUAAAAUGUUGUAAAAAGCCUUCCCAGAAUAGUGCUGGAUAGUGGAAAAGGGUGUCAUUACAUAUGAAUGCCUACGAUGUCUGACAUGCUCAUAUCGGUGUGAUGGUCAGGUAUUCAUAUAAUAUUAAAAACAAAGAGAACGUUACCUGUGCUCUGACCUAAAUCCCCAUGUACAUUUAAAUAAAAUGGAGGCACUUUAGUUUUAUUCCAAUGACCAUUUGAAUAUAUAAGCUCACCUGUCACGUCAAGGGGAUUUAGGCCAGAGCGCAGGUAACGUUCUCUUUGUUUUUCUACUAUGUAUUUUAAGCUGUUGGAUACUAAGCUACUGCUGCUGUAAGCACCGUGCUUUAUCUUUGUAUUCAUAUAAUAUUGCCCACAUAGUGUAUCUGGUUAAAUCUCUGGUAAACAAGUUAAAAGGUUACUCCAAUCUCCUUAACCCAUGGGUCGUCAACCUGGUCCCUACCGCCCACUAAUGGGCGUUUCAGGAUUCCAGGUGGGCGGUAGGGAUUUUCAAAUUUUGACAGAUCGGGCGGGUGAGAGCCGGCGGUACCCCUGCGACUGGGUACCGCCAUCACCACUUGCGGCCCCGGCCCGUGCGGCAAACCGCCGGGGCCGCAUAUGGAGGGGUCCAUCGGGUGGCCCAUGCUGUCACUGCCACCCGAUGGAUGUGUAUUGUAAGGGGGCCCGGUCAGCGCUGGGUGCUUUAACAGCGCGACCCGGCCCCCUGUGAUUACAUCACACGCUGACUGCACGUCACUCCUCCAGCUAACACACAGACCACGCGGGAGGAAGGAGGAGGAGGGAGUCAGAGUGGGAACUCUGACUCCCAUCCACCUGAGCCACCACUGGACCCCAGGGAAAGUCACCCUCCUGCACCUUAAAGGUAGGAAACAGGAGGGUGAUUUAAAUAUAACGUGUGUAUGUGUCUUUGUAUGUAUGUCUUGUGUGUGUCUUUGUAUGUGUCGUGUGUGUGACUGUCUGUUAUAGUGGGCUAUAGUAAGUAAUAGUAAGUGGGAUACCUAGCUCAACCUUCCUACUGGGCAUUUCUCUAAGGAAGGAUAAAAAAUUUAAAAAAAAAAAAAAAAGGAGGGGGGGCGAGCUGACGCACAGAUGAGAAAUCAUAUUAUGAGCAAACAGAGAAGUCGUCUGAAUAUCACCGAAAGAGGAGACCUUCGUUUGUUCCUUACGAAAAUUGAACCAGAUAUCAAAUAUUUAGUCUUGCAGCAUCAACCUCAAGGAUCUCAUUAAUCACUAGUAAAGGUAAUUUCAAUUUACUUUAUUGUUUUCUCAUUAAACUUUAUAAAGUUAAAAACAUUAUAAACAUGCAUUAAGUAGAAAUAAAAAGAUAAAUGUACGUACAUUUAUUUAUUUUAUUUUUUUAAAACACCCUCCUUUCUAAAAAAUAUUCUGCACGAAAACUGGUGGGCGGUAGGAAAUUUUUAUCAACCAAAAAGAUGCAUUAGUGGGCGGAAGGUAGAAAAAGGUUGACUACCACUGCCUUAACCACAUAUUGUAGCUGGCAGUCUAUGGGUGUAUAGAAUUAUUAUUAUUAUUAUUAUUAUUAUUAUUAUUAUUAUUAUUAUUAUUAUUAUUAUUAUUAUUUUUUUAUUUUUUUUAUUUUUUUUUAUUCUUUUUCCUAAAAACAAAAAACAAAAACUGGCAGGAUACUCUGAGACCAGCCCUUCAGGUGGGGGAACCAUAAUAAGGAAGUUAAUUUCCCCUUUUCAAAUCUUUGUACAGCAUUAUUUUUGCUAGCAGUGGGGUGUCACCGCUACCAAUUGUCAGAUUUGGUUCACAUAACUUUUUCUUAAUGAUCUUAUUAUGAAUAUUUGUCAGGUUUUUAGUCUUUUAUGUAUUCUCUAUACCUUUUAUACUGUAAUUAUAACUUGAGAAUACCUGAUGAUAUUCUUCAAUUGGGAAGCCUCGCAGAGAGGCGUCGUUGAUUGGCUGAGAGCGUCACUUGAUGCUGUAAGCCUGAGAUUUGUUGAGUCCUGCAAUAUUCUAUCGCCCCCCCUUUAAAUAAAUAAAAAAUUAAAAAAAAAAAAUAGUUUUACUUGUCAUUCAUCCAGCACAUCCGAAACUGUGAAUGGGUUUGGGAGGAAGGAAGACUUCCCGCUGUAUGGGAGAGAGGGGAGGCAAGAGCUUGCCAAUUGCAUGAAGCUCUGCCUGCAAAAGAGAAGCAGUUGUGUUUCUCACUAGCGUGCAUUGUGCACUGACAACAGACUUAAUUUAUGCACAGAAUUGGCAUUUGGCAGCCCUGAACAGAGUUUUUGAAACACUGGACAUCCAGACUCCUACCAACAUCACCACUUAAAAAGCCAAAGUGGUCAUGGUGACUAGAGUGACCUUUAACUAUCAGAACAAGAGUGCCUGACAAUUAUUUCAUUCACUACAUGUGCAGGUUUGAAGCAAACAUGGAACAAUCUAGUGUGUUUGUGUAUUGUUUCUUAUAGGGAUCGACCGAUAUUGAUUUUUUUUUUUUUUUUUUUUUGAGCCGAUAAGGAUAAUCUUUGAACUUUCAUUCCGAUAGGCGAUAACUUAAUACCGAUAUUCUGUACAUUUACCGUUUUGAAAAACUAAACUAUUUCUACACAAAUCUACUGUAAACUGAACAUGUUUAUUAUUUUUUAUUUUAGCAAAUAUUUUGUACACAUUUUUUUUUUUUUUAUUAUUCAGGUAAAUGCACAAAAUACAAAUGCCAGUCAGAAGUUAUGAUUUCAAGAAUAUGUGCGUGUAGUGAGUGUGUGUAUUUAUGUAGUGUGUGUGUGUGUGUGUGUGUGUAAAGUAAAUGCAGUGUGUUUGUGUAGGUAUGUAAAAUGGGGCAGGGGGGGAAUAUGUAUUUUUGUAAUUUAUUUUUUUUUAAAUUAAUUUUAAACCUUUUGUUUUAGUACCCCCCCCCUCUGCAUCUUACCUGGCCAGGGAGGGGGGAUAUGGCAUUCGUUGGUGGUCCGGUGGCAAGGACUGUGCAGUGGAGGGCCCGCAGCAAGCUCUUACUUACUUUCCCAUCAGCUCCCCUGUCUAACUCUCUCGGCCUGUGUGCUGUGUGGAGCGUUGCCAUGGUAACCAGUGGCAACGCUCUGACGGCCACGAGAUUUACACAGGGAGCUGAAGGGAGAUCCUGGGAAGGUAAGUAAGAGCUUGCUGUGGGCCCUCCAGGACCGCCGUGCCCAUGACAGCUGUCUUGGUUGUCAUGGGCCCGGCAGUCCUGGUCUGCAAUAUCGGUAUGUUUAUAGGCCGUACAGAUUAUUGCCGGAAAUUCAGAAUAUCGGCCAGAUUGAUAAUCUGUCGAUCCCUAGUUUCUUAUUAAUGCGUUGGAUGUGUCUGAUAAGAAAUCGCUUUCCUAUGUGUUUCCAAUGUAUUAAGUGUGUAUUGUAUCACAAUAUUAAUGGAACACUUUGACAUUAAAAAUAAAUGUGUAAUAUCUAUGCAGAAAUGAUUUUUUUACAUUUAAAAAAAAAAAAAUUUUUUUAGAAUUUCAGUUGCAGGGAAUAUGAUUUAAAGGAACUCUAUAGUGUCAGGAACACAAAUAUGUAUUUGACACUAUGGUGGUCAAAUAUUUAAAUUCUUGGCCGUCCUCUUUAUGGUAACAAGGUGAUUUUACUCUUACUCUCCCCCCCCCUCCCCAUGCCAGUCUCGUUGAUGCUAUAGACACCAGAACUACAUUAAAGGAAACUGUAGUGAUUGGAAACAUUAGAUCUGUAUUUCUGAUUCCCCUUAAUAAUUUGCCCCUAUACGCUGUAGUUGUUCUGGUGUCUAUAUAGUAGUCUUUACCAUUUGUGACCUAUAAGCAAACAACCUUUUUACCUAUAAGAGAGAGAGGAUGUGAUAGACAGGUCUUUAUAAAAUGUUGUGUAGUUAACUCAAUGACUGUCCUUGGCCAAACAUAAGAACCAGGCAAGGCAUAGUGCUGAUUCAUAUUAAUAGCAAAGUUAAAGUGUACUGUUAACACACAGUGGCUUCCCUUUUACAUGGCCUCCUGGAUAUGCAGUGAAUUUGUAUAUUUGUCUAUUUAUGUGACUAUAAGAUGAGUGCUCUGUGUAUUAUUUUCUAUCACUGAAAUGUUUUAUGCUUUAAAACUAAAAUAGCAACAUGUUUUGUGUGGUGAAGCCUAGUCACAAUUCUGUUAAACUCCAUCCCAACUGCACCUAUCCUUCCAACUUCUACCUUCGUUUUGCCCCACAUUCCGACCAGCCAGCCGGGUAGGAGCGGAGGCGGUGCCCUUGCCAGUGCCGAGGGACAUUGGCGCUAGACUCGGGUAAGUCACAGAACUUUGUUUUCCUGGCACUAUAGUUUCCCUUGAGUUGGGCAUAAAACUAGGGACAGGGGCAUACUUUAGUGUUAAGAAUACAGUAUUGUGUGCCUAAUGCUACAGGGUUCUUUGAAUCAUGUGAAAGGGCUGCUUAAUUGGGUGAGGUUGUUUUAAUUGGCAGGUUUAUAGUUGUUGCUUAAAGGGACACUGUAGGCACCCAGAUCACUUCAGUUAAUUGAAGUGGUCUGGAUGCUGUGUCCCUCUUGCACUUAGUGCUGCAAUGUAAAACAUUGCAGUUCCAGAGAAACUGCAAUGUUUUCCAUUUCAGCUCUAAGUGUGCCCUCUGUGGCUGUAUAACAGACAACCACUGGAGGUGUUUCCGGAUACAUAACAAACUAUUAGUCCCUUAUCUGACGCUGGACGUUCUCGCGGACCUCCAGCGCCAGAUUUUCACCAUAGGAAAGCAUUGAAUAAUACUUUCCUAUGGGGUGGUCUAAUGCGCACGUGACCAUUGCUGCGCAUGCACAUUAGGUCAGUGACGUGAGCGGGACCUGACUCAGCGCCGAGGGACAUUGGCGCCGGAUUCAGGUAAGUAGCUUAAGGGGUUUUAACCCAUUCAGUGACAUGGGAUGGGGUGCGGGAGGGAGGGGGCACUUCAGGAUUCUCUAGUGCCUGGGGAACGGUUUUGUUUUCCUUGCACUGGAGAAUCCCUUUAAAUAUAAGUGUUUUGCUGAUAACCUUAACUUUUUCUUUUCUAUCCACUUUUCAAACUAAAAUCUGUAUUACGAUUACAAAAAAUAAAUAAAAUAUUUAUUGGUAUCGGGACAACCUUCUCUGUUCUCUAGAAACCAUUUUCUUUAGUUUGUUAUAUGCUGUUUUUAGGACCUGACGUAUAAGACCAAAAUUUGCCCUGAUUUGCCUUAAGAUAAAAUACUUAAAGGGACACUAUAGGAAUUCGGCUUUGUAUUCAUGUCACUAUAGUAUUCCUUAAAAGCUAUUCAAAGCUUGUAAGUGAUGCAGUGCUUUAGAUAAGUUACUGUAUUCAUCAAAAGCAAAUUUAUAGAUGAAAUUCUAUUUUAAUUUAUGUACCACCAUUGUACAAGUUUGAGCAGUGCACAUUUUGAAUGCACACUGCUCAGUAUGUUUGUGGAAUAGCUGAGCAUUUUACUAGCAAAUGCAAAAUAACUAUAAAAAAAAUACCCACACUAAAACUGCAACCAUAAAGAGAAUUGUGGGGAACAUAAAUGUUUGAGUAACUAUAUUUCUUCCCACUUUCAUUAACUGUAGAGCACCGUAGCCCUGGUGUUCCUGCAGUUCUAAGCCUUACUAUCUUUUUAAGGGUACUUCGGCAUUACCCAAUAUGUUCAUGGCUUUGUAGCUGUGCUUAGAUGAGCACAUUCAUCAUUAGGACUGCACCCCAAUUUAUUUGGAGGUUUGACACUUGGGAAUGAUUUUAUAGGUAGAGCUAGCAGUAGGGUUAGUAUUCUGUGCUGCUGUUAGAUCCACCUUUUAUACCUAUGGCCAACAAGGUAUCAAUCGUUGUAAACCCAACUGGCACUAUGGGCAGACUAAAGGUAAUUAUCUAAUCUCAGGGUGAUCUGCUCUAAAUGUCAUAUUCAAGCUGGUACUGUUAAAGAGACACUUCAGAGCUGCAUUCCACAUGAUUCUGUUGUUUACAUUGCGCAGUGACUCCUGCCUUGGGAUUUUUCUACAUAAAUAGUGUGUCCACCACUACUCCCUAAUUCUAUAUUGGCUGUGGUAUAUAUUAUCACUCUUCUUUAGUGGUCUCUGAUGGGUCACCUUUUUUUUUUUUUUUUAACCACACCCUAGUACUGCAAUAUCACUGCAAGAAGUCACUGUGAUGUUUAUGACUGGGCUCGACAAAUCUCCGGAGCCAGGUCCACAUGGCUUCUAGGAGUUCUGUCCUGGCACUUUGGUAUUUGUCAUCCCUCCAAGGUGGACAAAAAGAGCAGGGAAAUGAUCCACUUUAGCUCUUUAGGUUGGGUGUCUGUCAAUGAGUGUGUGUUUGUUUAGGUAACAACCCUCCUCUGAUCGCAUGCAAAUGGUGUUUUUACGGAGAUCGAGCUUGAUGAUCUCAGCCAAUCCAAUGCUUUCACAUAGGAAAGCACUUGGAAGCUACUGUGCAUAUGCGGAAAACCGUUCAUUCCAAACUAUCUUAUCGUGCAAGCCUACUGUUUCUGGACCAUCUUUCCAGUUUCUUAUAUUGUUCCCUUUUACUAACAAUUUACCAUUGUAGAUUAAAUUAUAUUGUUUACCAGUGCACUGCUAUUUCUGUCACAGGUGCACUUCGCUGUACCAUAGUGAUUUCUAAAGCAUUCAAUUUUCAUUUUACUCAGUGUGCAUAAAAUAUCUGAUAAGAGAUUUUCAUUAGUGAACUGGUUCACUCUAAAAAAAAAUGUUACAGCUUUACAUGACUUUACAAAGGUUUAUUGAAAUUCGUAUCCACGCACUGGCAACAGCAGCAGGUUUACAGGACCUUAGAGAAAAGUGAGAGGAAAAUCUGAAAAAGUGUUGGUAAUGCUUAUUUGUAUAUGAUGUUUGGUAUUGUGGCAGUGUUGUGGAAACAAUCUUUCAUAGUUGCUAAUUCUAGCACAAGUACCCAUUUCCCGACGACUGCCUGCAUACUCUCGCAUGCCUAAUUUGUGAAACCUUAACCAUCACUGCUCAUUGUAUUGCACCCUGAAUUUGGAAUGGGUUUACAGAAAACUUGGGCUAUCCCUGACACCAUAGCUGUGUCCUUGGAUUACAAAAAUUACACUUUCACAUUACCAAGUAUGAACCUGUCUAACCUGAGAGUCUUGAAAGCAAGAGCCCAUCACUCUGAGCCUGCCUUUGCUGUUCAGGUGUGAUUUUGGAACUGCUCCAAAGUGGUUUGACAGAAAACUUGGAUGAAACCUUCGUAGACUUUUCCAAACAGUUUACUGGGCACUGUUAUUGAGGCUAGGAGUCAUGAGUGAUUUCUGCAUUGGCACAUCACUUUCCUUCAGCUAUUCAAGUUAUUUACUUAUUUUUUUGUGAUUCAGGACACAUUACCCUUUAGUUCCCUUUCUUCCUUGAGUCAAAUUCUACCUGGGUAUUUGUGUACUUUGGGAUCUCAAAUGCUCUGCCACACCAGCUUUGCUUUACUACUCUUACUCCCCUAGACCAUGCUUUCUGAUAUCAUCUGUGUGACGGACCACGUGAUAUCAUCUGUGUGACCCAACCAGGUACCUCUGUCAAUUGCUGAUCCCUAGUACUUGCGAGUACCAUAAGCACUGCACUGGAACAUCAUAACCACCGUAAACUCAACGAACCGCCGCAGCUUGGUUGGGGUCUCGUCACCCUCCACCCACCCUGGACCAAAGACCAGGAUCCAGCUUCCAGUAGGUAGACCUCUCCUAGUCCAGAGAGCGUAGCAGGAACCGCUCUUACAAGAGCUUAGGGGUUAUACUCAGGGGAGUAUAGUGAUUAUAGCAAUCCUCCAAACAUGAGCCUAGACUUCAUGAAGGGUAAAACAAGUGUGCUUAAUGGAAGCCACAGCUGGCCUUUUAUGCAAGUUUCCCAACAAGGUUGACACCCACGUGGACCUUGUUGGGCACAGGGGCACAAAGAUUACAGCCAAUAACAAUACAGUGACAAAGUGUCCCAAUACAAAUAGAUAAUUUCCUCCUCUCUGCAUGUGAGAUAAUGAGGGCAGAUAAUGCUUUAACUUAAUUAUCCCCAGGCAGCAAAACACAAAUUUUUUACAAAGUAGAAGUACUCAAAACACAACACAUUCCAACAAAACACACCCCCUGAUCUGGGUGAACAACAUAUCCAAAAAUCACCCAGAGCAGGGGUUCAGGAAAUUCCUGUUAGUCUCUUUUUGACCGACCGCACGCAUUGUUUGUUUCAUCCCCAAAACCGUUCCAGAGAAUUUGGCUGUGCGGCCGGUAUAGUUCCAAUAGUUGAAGUAUCAUUUGAAUUGCUGAACAAAGCCGUUCGGGAGUAUAGUCUGUGUAUGUCCCUUGUUCGUGGGCUUCAACUCACCGAACGACGUUCGAAUAGCCGAAGUUGCCUGGAAAGUAACUGUUAAGUGGUGUUCAUGCCGUUGCGUGUCCGAUUUGAGUUCCAUGAACUUGACGACAAAACACCGCUGAACACGUUCGAACAAGCAAGAUGGCCGCCGCCAGGUGUUCGAAUGGCGGCCACUUCGACUACUUCGAUUGUUCGAAGUGCUAAUGCCGAAGAGGGCACAAACAUUGUCCCUGAACACAAUACAUCUCAGGGGCCAUAGUCACAGGGUAGGAGGCUGGCAAACAGGCCCCUCCAAAACCUAGUGGCAAACUCACAGAAAAAGGGGACUUUGUCACACACUGCAAAUGUCAAGUUUGAGAUAGGUAGUGUGUGUAAUAUUAGGAUUCCAAUGACUAUAUCGACAAGAUUCAAACACCUGAUUCUAGUCAACAUUUCAGUGUAAUGAUUCUUUAGCUAAAAUCCCUUCUCUUCACUUUUGUUACUAGGCUUACAUUUAAUAGAAUAUGGCAUGUGCUUGUGACUCCUGGCAAUUUUUUUUUAUUUUUUUUUUUUAAAUUUGCUGAGUAACGCUUGCAUAUUUUUCACUGGCAUUAAGGAUUGUCAUUGUGAAUGGCUACGAUAAGAGGAUGUAAUGGGUAUACGUGGUCUGGAGUUUUGGUUAGAAUGGUCACGAGGUUUCCUUCCACAUUUCUGUUUUGUAAAGGAAAUGUGUGAUUGCAUGAAUCUUCAAGUUCUUGUAAUUGUCCUUUUUGUCUUUUUUGUCUUUUUUUUUUUUUAACCUUUCAAUGUUUUUAUAUAAAAUUCAUACCCUAACAUAUAUAGCCACCAAUGUACUAACUAAAUCUUCAGUAAUGCACUUUGUUUACCGUAGAGAAUCUAAACGUUUGUGAGGAGUUCAGUAAAUGUUCCCUGAUUAUUAUUAAUAGUUACUUUUAUUCCAGGCACAAAAGGUUUUCUAUGUAUGAGAAGUUGCGAUAUUCCUGGUGUUUACUCUUUAAGCACUUUUUCCCUGGUAUUUCUCUUUAUUCCUAUUCUGAUGUGCUCUAUUCUUUAAAGGACCACUAUAGGGCUGAAGGGGGAAGAAGGGGUUAAACACUCACCUUUCUCCAGUGCCGGGGACUCUCCUCCCUCUUCUGAUGUCAUCGGCUGAAUGCGCAAUCUCAGUGCUUUCCUAUGGACGCUGGCGUCUUCUCACUGUGAAAAUCACAAUGAGAAGCGCGGAAGCCCUCUAGCGGCUGUCAAUGAGACAGCCACUAGAGGCUGGAUUAACCCAUAGGUAAACAUAGCAGUUUCUCUCAAACUGCCAUGUUUACAUCAGGCAGGGUUAACCCUAGAUGGACCUGGCACCCAGACCACUUCAUUGACCAGUGGUCUGGGUGCCUAUAGUGGUCCUUUAAAAAAAAAAAAAAAAAAAUGUUUUAUGGUGUAUAUUUUUAUGAAUUUUUAAUUUUGGCUGAGCAGCCAUGUUGGGUAUUAUUAUUAAACGCUCAACCUUGCUUGUAGUUGGUCAGAAGUUUCAGAUAACCAUAGAGAAAUGAGUAAACUUUCUUUGAAGUAGAAAUGUAGCUACUCUUAAAGCGCCACUAGCGUCUCUUACUAAUGUCACUGAUGCACAAAAGUGCACAAUCGAGGUUUAUGCAAGACUGAAGGGAUUUUUAUGUCUUCUCACACAUUUGACACCCGAGAUGUCCUAGACCUUGAAUUUACAUCACGUGAUAUGUUGUAGUUUUCCAUCAGACGUCUCUGCUGAUAAUUGGAGGGGAGCACACAUUUACACCGGUGUGUUAAAAAGUUCAAUCUGUAGUGGACAAGUCCUUGUACAUGAGUAUAGUGCAAGUGUCCUCUAAUUCGGUUCAGAUCUAGCCAAUGCACAGUUCCUUGCUGUAUGCUUCUUUCAUGCCAUUGCCAUCUGCUCAUCCACCAUGUUAAGUUAUAAGAAGCCAUGACUAAAAUUUAACACACAACACUGACUAGCUUAUCACCGCUCAAUUUCCAGAUGCCCUUUUGUGAGCAGGUGAUUGGGAAUUUUUUAGUUCGGUUUACCUAGCUACUUCAGACAAAAUUCCAUCUAUAAAUCAAUUACAGCACUGUAGUAUAUUGGCAUUUCAAUAAAAUAACAGAAUUAUUUAAUAAUGCAUGCAGAUUUUAUACUUUAUAUAUUUUUGAAAACCCAGACUGCUGUAAAUAGAUUUAUGAGCAUGACUCUGUUCCGCUGGGUGGGAAAUUGCUAGUUUGAUUGAAUAGUAGGAAGAUGAUUGGCUGGCCUUCCCCAAAUAAGUUCCUGGUUUGAUCUUGGGGUAUUUGAAAAGAAGCAAAUCCAGCAGAAACGUUGAUGCUUUUUUCUACUGUAAAGAUUUGUGUUCAUUGUUAUCCCUUUAAGAAAAUGCAGUGUUAAGAAAUAGUUUAUUCUAGGGAUCGACCAAUCUAAUUUUUCCAAGGCCAAUGCAGAAACAGAUUAUUGGUGCCAAUAUUCUGUGUAUUUAAAAUUUUGGAAAAGCAGCACAAUUUCUACCCAAAUCUGGCGUUAACUGAACAUGCUGAGCAACCACUCUUGUCACUGUAAGGCAGCCAGUACAUGUUGGGAUCACUGAGAUCCCAGCAUGUUCCGUGCUUUUACUAAUAGGCGUGUGAUUUCUGUAAAGUAAAUGUUGUCAACAAAAAGUGUGGAACGUAAUUAUUUAUUUAAAUUUACCUUCUUGAAAACAAUUAAUAGUAAUGCUAAAAUGAGUUCCUGCAGUGCUGUUCUAUUGAAUAGAAAAGAUGGUAUAGGAAGAUUGCAAUGGAAUUGUCAUGUUUGUUUUAUACAUUUUAUUCUGCCGCUAUGCACUGUAACCUUAGUCCUUUGACUCUAUAUAACAUUCUGUUUGAAAAGUGAUGGGCUUGCCUUGAACUUGGACAUGGUGCGCGUGAUUCUGUCAUCAUUAUACAUGGCCUUGAAGGACACAUGUCACAGUUUGCUUACUACACAGGCUGUGAGCCAUAUUUUAUCAAGACAAAUACUGGGGCAAAGUUCUAAAUGUGUGCACUCCACGUAAUCUGUGCAGCUUCCAUAAGAACAGGCAGUGGAGAGCCCCAGUUGUGUGCCAAGGCAGCUUGACAGAAAACUGGACGGCGCCCAUGUCCUUAUAGAACAGGGCUUAGAAUCUAGUUGCCAGCUAAAAUAAGUUAGACUGGUGUUUCAGAGUAAAGGCAGUGUUUACAUUGCUGCAUUGUAACACCUAUAGUGACAGUCAUUUAGAUGGCCACUAGAUGCUUCCUAGUCCAAUGCUGGUUGGUCACCUAAGCACACACUCACUGACAGAGACUCCCUUAUUUUAUAUAUAUAUAUAUUUUUUUUUAUUAUUAAAAGUCUACCUCCUGCUAAUUUAUGUCCACUUAACUUAAGUCUCCCUAUAUUUUAGAAAGCUGGAGUGUAUCAUUUCCCUGGGGUCCAGUGUGGCUGCUGUCCUUCAAGAUCUUCCUUCUCUUUUCCCUCAUGUGCUGUUUAAUGAUACUGGAGUGAUGUUGUAUCCCGGCUCCCUGCAUCUCAGCAGGGCGCGCAAGAGCAAAGCAGGAAGAUUACUGCUUCCCCAGCUGCCUGCCCCCAUGCUUCACCAGCCGCCUGCCCCAUGCUCCCUUGUGCGGAGAAAUACCUAUGUGCCAUGACAAAACUCCUUGGUGUCUCCGAUAUUGUGUUUUUUUUUUAUUUUAUUUUUUUGAGCCAUGUCAGAGCUUGACACAUUUUCUCUGAAUCUAACAGCCAGCAUAAAAAGUAGAGCUGUUUUUUAUUUUUUUAAAAAGAUUUAUUUUCAAUGACAAAAAUACAAUAAAAUACAUGUCCCAGCUGGCUUUUAAAUGUAAACACUGCCUUUUUUUUAUUUUAAGAAAAGGCUGUUUACAUUGCUGCCUAGUAGCACUUGUAGUGGCAGUCACUCAGAGGGAAUUCCUAUCUCAGUGCUGCACAGCAUGCAGCGUCUCCACGUCGUGCAUGGAAGCCCUGAACGUUCCCCAUACAGUUGCACUAAUUUAAUGCAUCUCUCUGAGGUGGUGCUGAUUGGCACAGCGUUUUGCUGCAUAUGCACAAUAGCUUCCAAGUGCUUUUCUAUGUGAAAGCAUUGGAUCAGCUGAGAUCAUCAAGCUCAAUCCAUCUCCAUAAAAACACCAUUCUCAUGCGAUCAAAGGAGGGCGGUCAUCUAAAUCUACACACAUUCUUUUACACUCACAAAUUAUUUUAAUUCAAUUUUAGGUACACCCAACCUCCCUACCUAAAGUGGAUUGUUUCCCUUGGUACAGUGGGAUUACUGUCAUCUUCCUGCUCUUCUUGUCCACCUUGGAGGGAUGACAAAUACCAAAGUGCCAGGACAAAUUUCCUAGAAGCCAUGGGGACCUGGCUCUGGGAAUUUGUUGAGCCCAGCCAUACACAUCACAGUGACUUCUUGUAGUGAGAUUGCAUAGAAAGCCUCUUUAUCAAAAAUAAGUCACGUCCUAAUAGAGCAUUACCCCUUAAAGGUGUUAAAGGCCCUUUUGGGGGGCAUUUUUGCCAUGCAUUCAUCCAACCACAGUUUUACCCCUUUCUGUGUAAGUGCACCCAUGCAUAUUGUAUUUUUUUUUUUUUUAAAGGGAAGUUGAACUUUUUUGUUUUUUUUUGUUUUGUUAUAUAUUAUAUAUAUGUAUGCAUAAUACAACAUUAAACAUGAAUAAAAAUAUGCAAAAUUUGAGAGUUGGUGAAGAAAACUCCACUAAAGAAAUAUAACCCAAAAUAGAUUCACUAACUAGUGCUACUUGUUAAAAUGCCUAGUAUGUCUAAGAUUCCAGUUAAUAUUUCAACGUUGUUUUGCAAAAAGUGAAUAACUGUUUUAAAGCAAAAAUUUUGCAAAAUGUAGCAUGCUGAGAUCACAAUUUCACAAAAUCCAAAACUGCUACAAAAAAGUACAUUCCCCAGGCACUCUUCAUUUAACGAUUCACAAACACUGUGUAAAGCUUACCAUAUUUGAAUUCUAUUAUUCUCGAGUACAGUGAUACACUACACGUAUACCUGUAAAUAGGAUAACGGCAGCUAUGACAUGGCUAUCAUUGAGUAGUUAAUCUGUGGUUGUGUGAUCUAGCAAAUAACUACUUAUGCCAUAACUAUAACUGCACAGGGAUCUAGGGAAUAUUUAAUUCCCCUACUUUAACCCUUUGUGUCAAUAUACCCCACUCCCUCUAGCAUGUAAGCUCAUCGAGCAGGGUCCUCAACCCCCUCUGUUCCUGUACGUCAGUGGUCUGAUCUCAAUUAUAUGUCUGUAAGUCCACCCAUUGUACAGCGCUACGGAAUUUGUUGGCACUAUAUAAAUAAUAAAAUAAUAAUUAAUAAUCUGAAAAACAAAAAAAACCUCCAAUCAGAAUGAAGUGCUGCUUCUUAUUAUGGGGCAUUAGCAAGACAUUUUAACGUAAUACUCAAAAAAUAUAAGAUUUAAGGGUUAUGGUUUUUUAUCAAAAUAGGGAAACAUUAUUGAUUUGUUAAUUUCGCUAACUUGUUUUUACAUUAUCAAUAUAAUUACUUGAAACAUGGCCCUAAAGUGUUCCUUUUGAAGCUCUCUUUACCCAAGACAAAUUCACAAAGUCCUACCUUCUCCAUUUGCCUUUAAUGACACCAGUAAAACCAUAGUCUAGCUAUUCUUGGAAAAGCAAUCCCUUUAGCAUGCGUCUGUAUUGUGUGAGUAGCAGAGAAACGGUCUUUUGUAAACUACAGACAUUACAGCCAUGGAGAAAUUUAAAGCCAGAGAGGGGAGAUUCACAUUGUUGCUGUUCUGUUUUUGUUCGACUGUAUAAAAAGUUCAUCGAACUAUACCAAUUUCUGUGAUGUUGAUGAUGAUAUGGAUACUGUAUGACACACACAAUUCUUUUCUACCAAUCUAAUUAUUCCAUGGCAAACUUGCUCUGUGUUAGUGUAAAUGGCCAUUUUUGUUUUACAUUUAUUUAUUCAUAUAUAUGUAUAUAUUUGUUUUUGUUUUUUAGUGUGAACUUUAAAAAUGGCGGAUUCCUGUACAGAUCAAAGCAUGUGCCAUGCAGAAGAGGAGAGUGGUGCUCCAGAAGAAGCCUUGUUUAGUUUGGCAGAUAUGUUCCUCUUCUCCCUCAUUGUUGGGCUUGUCACUUACUUUUUUUUCUUCCGCAAGAAGAAAGAAGAAACCAUUGAGUUCACUAAAAUCCAGCCACCUAUGUAAGUACAUUUUGGUUUUCUUUGUAUUUGCACUGAGAUUUUUAUUUAGUAGAGUGGCAAAAUGACCUGCACACGGCUCCAUUCUUUUUCCAUUAUGUACAACUUUGAAAUACAGGGAGAAAGCCUAUCUGUUACUUCUUUCAUCCACACAUACAUAGCUGCAGUAAGUCUAUGGAACCACUAGAUGGGAUCAUUGCACACUGAUUUCAUUUGGAUAACGAAAACACUUGUGGUUGUGUAUCACUUUUCAGUCAUACAUUUUUUAGGUUUAUAAUUUCUAUGGUAAUACAAAGAUCUGACUAUGACAGUAUCUAGAAGGCCUGUUGCAGGUUAAUGUACACUUUUCAAAACCACUGCGCAAAGCAUCAUUUUAUACAAGGUUUCUCAAACUCUUUAUUAUUCUACUAGAACUUUUGGGCUUAAUGUAAUAGUGGCAUUCAGUGUUAAGAAUUAAAGUUAAAGGGACACUAUAGUCACCAAACCAACUUUAGUUUAAUGAAGCAGUUUUGGUACAUAAUCAUGCUACUGCAGUCUCACUGCUCAAUUGUCUGCCUUCUAGGAGUUAAAUCACUUUGUUUAUGCACCCUAGUCGCACCUUCCUGCAUGUGACGUACACAGCCUUCCUAAACAUUUCCUGUAAAAAGUCAGCUAAUGUUUAUCCUUCCUUUAUUGCAAAUUCUGUUUAAUUUAAAUUUUCUUAUCUCCUGCUUUAAUAGCUUGCUAUACCAUGCAGGAGUCUCCUGUAUGUAAUUACAGUUUAAUAUACAGAACAGGAGAUAAAAUCUUUUAAGGUAAGUUACAUCUGAUUGAAAGUGAAACCAGAUUAGUUUUUAUGCAGGCUGUGUCAGUCAGAGCCAGGGGACGUGUGGCUAUGGCUAAUUAACAGAAACAAAGUGAUUUGAUUCCUAAAUGACAGAGAAUUGAGUGGUGAAACUUCAGAGGCAUGAUCUAUACACAAAAACUGCUUCAUUAGGCUAAAGUUGUUUUAGUGACCAUAGUGUUACAGGGGCACUUCCAUGAAUUUUUAAUAGGUUAACUUAUCCCUCUAUUUAGCAAAUAUUUUGUGAGAUAUGAAAAAUAUUAAAUGUAGAAAUGCACCACUCUUAAUCCUGCAGCUGUCGGCCUCCAUCUUAGCUCCCUGUCGGUAAUUGUUAGAAGCUCAGACCUUUUGUACCUGGCACACCAUAUAGAGCAUGCAUAGAGUAAAGAGGAGAAAUGAAACAAUCUUAUUAUUUCUUCUCAUCAUUUGCCUUAUUUGAACUGUAUUAUCAUGCCAGUUGCUAACUAUUUAAAAAAAAACCUCUUCUUCAAUGUUUUGUUCAAUUUUGUACAUUGCUGAAAAAGUGCCCAUUCCCUUAAAGGACCACUAUAGUGUCCCCCUCCAGCCGGGCUCUGGGGAAAGUAAGGGGUUAAAAUCUUACCUUUCUCCAGCACCGGGCGGGGAGCUCUCCUCCAUAGCGACGUCAUCGGCUGAAUGCGCGGCAGGAGCCGCGCGCGUAUUCAGCUAGUUCAUAGGAAAGCAUUUACAAUGCUUUCCUAUGGACGCUGACGUCUUCUCACUGUGAUUUUCACAGUGAGAAGCACGCAAGCGCCUCUAGCGGCUGUCAAGAGACAGCCACUGGAGGCUGGAUUAACCAUAUUAUAAACAUAGCAGUUUCUCUGAAACUGCUAUGUUUAUAUAUUUAAAAAAAAAAAAAAAAAGGGGGGGGGGUUAACUCUAGCUGGACCUGGCACCCAGACCACUUCAUUAAGCUGAAGUGGUCUGGACGCCUAUAGUGGUCCUUUAAGUAUUUCUGCAGUUUAAUUGCAAAUAUAUAUGUACAGGAAAAAAAGUUACCGUAAUUGAUUUUAGUCGGAAUCAAUGUUUGUUAUUAUACACCAUUGCAUAAAGCUGUUUACUGUCUAUGUAACACUUUGUAUAAUGAAAUUACUUGAGUAAAGGUUUUUCAUAUGCAGCCAUGGGAGGAGGGUUGCCAGACUGUUAAAUUUAAUUUGGAAUCUUGCCUAUUCUACAGGUUGUAGGGCAGUGCACCUUGUUGACUAGCAAUAUGAGGAGAUUGUAUGUUCUUGGUGUGAAAUUACGAAGAAACGGUUUCAAUUUAAGUAAUCAAGAAAAUAAAAUAUUUAAAGCACUUAUAACCACUAGCGCAAACUGUUGGUUUAUAGAAUUGUUAAUAUUCACACACAUAUUGGCAUAUUAUUAUUUUUUUAUUUUUUUUUUAUUUUUUUACAUUUUUGAAGACCCAAAUUGGAUAAAUGAGUCUGAAUUGGUAGAGGGAGAGUAAUUGGCACCCAAAGAUCCAAAUUAGAAGUAAUCAAUUCUUAAAGGACCACUACAAUCACACAGACCACUUCAGCUCAAUUAAGUGGUCUGGGUGCCUGGUCCCCCAGGUUUUAACCCUGCAGCUGUAAACAGCAGUUUCAGGGAAACUGCUAUGUUUACAUUGCAGGGUUAAUCGAGGCAAUUCCCCAACGUUCAAUGCGAAAAUCGCAUUGUCUGGUUACAACUAUGCUAUGUUUACAUUGGGGUUAAUCCAGCCUCUAGUGGCUGUCUCACUGACCGCCACUAGAGGCGCUUCUCACUGAUUAUUUAUUUUUUUCACAGUGAGAAGACGCUGCCGUCCAUAGGAAAGCAUUAAGAAAUGCUUUCCUAUGGACUGAUUAAAUGUGCUCGCGGCUCUUGCUGCGCAUGCACCUUCUGCAGAUGACAUCGGAAGAGGGAGGAGAUUCCCCAGUGCCGAGGGAGCCUGGCGCUGAAGAAAGGUAAGUGUUUAACCCCUUCCUCCCCCUAAGAGCCCAAUGGGAGUUGGGCCAUCAGGGUGGGGGGGAGGGUGACCUAUUAACACUAUAUAGUGGCAGGAAAACAAGUUUGUUUUCCUGGUACUAUAGUGGUCCUUUAACACUGUUCUGGUGAUUAUAGAGUCCCUUUUAACUUAGCAGUUAUGUAAAGUUUUGUUUUUGUCAUUCUUUAUUUUUGGUGUGCAUUGGGUAACAAACACAGAGUAGUAAUGACCAUUUAUGCGUAAGACAAGAUUAAUAAAAAUACAGGGCUAUAGCCUAAAAUGUCACAAUCUGCACAUAUUUUAAAGUAAGAUGAUGUAUGAUCAUGCUACUCAAACAUGUCUAGGUGGAGGGGGGAAAAAAAAGGAAAAUUCCCAAGAUAUACAAUCAUACACUAAGUUCCUGACAUGAGAAUAAAUGAUAGGCAUAGACAUAAACUAACUUGCUAGUUCAGAGAAUAGGAGUAGUGCCACUGGGGUUUUACAACAUGACUAUAAUAAUUAAGCACAGCAUGUUCUAAAUAUGUAAAAAUACAGAAAAUUGACAACUGGUCAAAAUGAGGGACCACAUUCUAGCUACUGAGAUUAUGCCUAUGGGCUUCUGAGGCAGGAGGCCCUUAUACAGCGAAACUCCCCAUUCAACCAAUUCCCAAUGUUGGAGGGAGUAGAGGGGCAACUCUGGAUUUCUGUAGCAGUGCUUCACCAGCCCCAGGCUCUAGUAUAGUCCAUGGCAGAUCUUAUCGCUUUCUGCGACAAGUACGUAGACCCAGGGUCUCCCGUGGGUGUGAGCUGGGCCUCUGGAGUAGGCUCCGGGUGGACUUAGGCCUAGGUAAGUGUUGGCUGUCUUUCUUCCAGGGAUGUGGCGAUUGCCAUUUCAUCCCUCUCCACCUCCUUUCUUUUGGGGUCAAGGUUGGUUUAUGUAGAGUAGGGGCUGGGUCAGGGUUACCUUAAGAGUUGGGCAUAAGGAGCAUUCCUUCUCCGCACUUCACUAAUCAGAGGUUGAUUUUUAGCCCAGAAUCUCUCCUACAGCUGUGCAAAGGUCUGUUCCAUGAGUUCCUCAUAGAGGGCCCUGGACGCUGCGGCAACCAUCUUGGAAUGCCCGUCCGUGAAUUGUAUUUAUGUGAUUGCCUGUAUUUCCCCCCAUGUAUUUGUGAAUAUUUGUAUGUUUUACCUGCUCUCCGCUCAGGAGAGCUCAUACGAAUGGAUUCUGUUCGUCUCCCCAAUGGGGACCACCUCCAUACCCAAUUUAGAAUUUGUUUAUUUAGAACGUUCACACCUCGUUAACGAGGUGUAUAAACCACAAAAACGGCAGAGGGAAGCCUCGGCGCGUGCCGACCCUAGGUGGCAGCACGUUCGUUAGGGGAAGCAUUUGUGGAUUACUUCCCACAUUGUUUGGUUCCCGAACGAGGACCUCCGCAGUGCCUCUUGGAGUGUUCACACCAAUCUAUUAGAAUGUUGGCAACUUGCAACAUAAGUGUGAAACCGCAAGGGAGGUAAUUAAAGGAAAACAAUCAGUUUUCCUGGCACUGCAGGUCCCCUCUCCCUCCCACCCCCCGAUCCCCGCUGAUUCCUCCGCCGCCGCUCCUCCUCUGCAUUGCGUCGCCCGGUGUGCAAGACUGCACAUUAGCGAUCACUAUAGGAAAGCAUUGAAAAUUAAUUUCAAUGCUUUACUAUGGGGAAAUGAGCAACGCUUGAGGUCCUCACACAGAGUGAGGACGUCCAGCGAUGCUCUAGCACAGGUUUCCUGGGCGGGAGUAUGGAGUGGGUGGAACUGGGGACAAAGUGAUUGGGGUUCCGGUUCUGUUAUGCGACCCCCUGGAGGGGGACAUUGUCGUUGUGUGUGAUCCACCCCUUGCAUGGGGAAAGUAUAAAGCAAAGUGUGGCCAAUAAAGUUGUUGUUGUACCCUUGGAAUGGUGUGUCGUCCAGUUACUGGGGGUAGAUGGGUCUCUUCAUUCUGUACUAGCUGAGGUAACCAGUCUGGUUACCCUCUGCUUGCUACAGCAGCUUUGAGCAUUUUAUGCAGAUUUCGCCGCUUUCUGCAACAUUCUUGUGGCUGUGGCUGGUCUGCUCACCAGUGAGGACCUGAAACAAGCUUGCCCGAUACAAGCCUUUGAGGUAUGUGGUGUUGUGCACAGAGAAUCCAUCUGUAGAGGGCCUCAGUCGGACUGCUAGUGCCGUGCAUGUAAGUAAAGUAGGCAGGUUUGCCAUUGAAAUUGUGGUGAAAGACCCCUGUAAUAUGCUUAGUUUCAGGUUUCCAUGGAGGAGCCCCUGCAGCACACGUCUGCCUCAGUUGGCUGUUGGUCCUGCCCCAGUAAUGCAAAGUUUUAAUGAUGCUUACAGUGACCAUUUUAAAGGGACAGUAUAGUCACCAAAACAGCUUUAAAUUAAUGAAGCAGUUUUGCUGUAUUGAUCAUGCCCCUGCAGUUUCAUUGCUCAAUUCUGUCAUUUAGGAGUUAAAUUACCGUACUUUGUUUAUGCAGCUCUAGUAAUACCUCCGUGCAUGUGACUUGCACAGCCUUCCUAAACACGUCCUGUAAAGAGUCAACUAAUGUGUACAUUUCCUUUAUUGCAAAUUUUGUUUAAAUUUUGAAUUUCUUAUCUGCAGCACUAUUUAUAGCAUGCAAGACACUGCAGGAGCCUCCUGUGUGUGUGAUUAAAGUCCAGUUUAAAGAACAGAAUAUACAAGCUUUUAAAGUAUAUCUGAUUGAAAGUGAAACCAUUUGUUUCAUGCAGGCCAUGCCAGUCAGUCAUGGGAGGUGUGGCUAGGGCUGCUUAAAGAGAAACAAAAAUGAUUUAACUCCUAAAUGGCAGAGAAUUGAGCAGUGAGACUUUAGAGGCAUGAUCUAUAAACCCAAACUGCUCCAUUAAGAUAAAGUUGUUUUAAAGCGGCACUGUCAUGCCGAACUUACCUUUCCUCAAUCUCUUCCUCUUCUCCCCCUCUCUCAGGAUCUGUUAUUCUUUUCUUCCUGUCUUCUUUAGUUUUAUUUAAAAUCAUAAGACAAAGUAGGGACUCUUUGCCUUAUGGGGGAUUCCUCCGCUUGACCAGCUCUGACCAGCGGAGGAGCAAAGUGUGCUUCAUUUCCGCUGGUCAGAGCAAUUUUCCCAUGAUCCCUAGCUUUCCUCAGUGUUCCCACAAUGCUUCCUGUCAUUUUACACAAAACUGCCGAAUUGCGUUCUAACUGAAUGACAACAGUAUGUUCGUUUCUUUUAGAACGCAAUUCGGCACUUUAUUCGGAUCAGAAUUUCAUUCGAAUGAAUGAAACUCUGAUCCUAUUCUUGCUGUGGCUGCAUCUUGCAGCCGCUUAGUAGAUAACUCCCUAAUUCCCACGGUAUCAGGGAGCUAUCUAGUAAAAGGCUGAAAGACUUAAAUUGGUCUUUCAGCCAACUUUACUAAUACCAAGUAAAAAUUACUUAGUAUUAGUAAGUAAUAUGCCCCUACUCGCUAUACUGCGAGUAGGGGCAUGUCUGGUAAACAGUGAGCAGCCUGGCCUUUUUUGGGGCUGAAAAAAGAUUUGAGGGGGCCGGGGGGGGCAGUAAGUCCCCCCCAUUCUCAUUAUGGCCCCCACCCGCCGCUCAGGGGUGGGGGCCGGGGGGGGCAGUAGGUGUCCCCCCCCCUCAUUCUCACUAUGGCCCCCACCCGCCGCCCAGGGGUGGGGGCCGUGGGGGGCAGUAGGUCCCCCUCAUUAUCUUCAUGGCCCCCAUCCGCCGCCCAGGGGUGGGGGCCGGGGGAGCAGUAGGUCCCCCCCCCCAUUCUCAUUAUGGCCCCCGCCCAGGGGUGGGGGGAGUACUGCCAACCCCCCCCCCCCUCAUUCUCACUGUUUAGGGGUGGGGGCCAAUAGGCUGCUCACUGUUUAGUGGACAUGCCCCUACUCGCGGUAUAGCAAGUAGGGGCAUUUGGGAGAUUUUUAUCUCCCUUGUGCUAUUAUGGGGGUCAUAUUGACCCCCAUAGAGUGAGAGGGGGUACUGGGGGGGCUUAUGAAGUGGUGGGGUGCACUGCUCCCUGCCGCUUCUAUAGUUACAUAUUACAAGGAGGGAGCUGCAUGCCGGUAGCUCCCUCCUUGUAAUAAACUGCACGAACAAACUAACACAGAUACUCAGAUACACUGAUACAUUGUGUUAGUUUGUUCGGCUGAUAUUUCUAUUCACUCAUUCGUCUGUCUGAUGAAUGAAUGAAUGAAUGAAUAGCUGAAAUUCCCGUUCGCAUGUGCGGGAAUCUCACAGUCUGUCUAGUGUGGGCUGAUGACGUGUCCCUGAGGGACUUCACCUACCCACACAAAGAUGGCUGCGCCCUGAAUCAAGAUCGGGGCAGAAAAUAAGGAAUAAAAAAAUAGGUAAGUUGGGGGGCUUAGGGGCAUUUGGGGGUGACUAGUGAGUCAAUUGGAUGUAGUGGAGGCGGGAGAGGGGUUAAAAAAAAACAAAACAGAAUUCGGCAUGACAGUGCCGCUUUAAUGCCUAUAGUGUCCCUUUAAGACUUAUAUAUUUUUAUUGGAUACUUGUCUGUCUUUGGGCAGAUAAUGAUAAUACACCAUAUUGGUUGUCUGUGACACUCCAAUCACUAUAGCUGCUACAGUUUUCAUACUGGUUAUGGUGCAAAUAUUUGCAGUCCAUUUGGAUUUUGUCAAUUUUUCGAUCAGUUUGACAAAAAUCAGGUAUGUAUGUAUGUAUGUAUGUAUGUAUGUAUAAAAUUUUUUUUUUUUUUUUUUUUAAACCUUUCCCUCUCUCCUCUACUUUAUUGGUACACAUAUGUCCAAAUUUGGCAAUGAUAGAUUGGCCACAAGUGAUAGAUUAUCUCAUCACUCUCCAAAUAUUUGUACUGAUAACAAGAAAAUGAACCUUAGUCAUUAUGUCUGCAGCAUUGUAGAGGCCAUGGAUUUGGUGCGCCCUGUUUUUGUGAACCUCUCUAAUUGUUGGACAGAAACCAGAUCAUAAGAUUUAGUGGCUUUGGUGCAUUGCACCUUUUUGAAGUAACUUUGGUGUUUGUGUUUUUUUUUUUUUUUUUAAAUGCUACUCCGUAUACUGACCAAAAGAUACCCCUGAUAAAGGCAACCAGUUGGUGCCAAAACGUUGUGGGGAUUGGUAGCUCGUGUUUCUGUUUUGAGGUUUGUGAGAUUUAGGUAAAUUACUAUACGGAUUACGGUUUGUCUUAUCUUGUUACUUUUUUUCUUUAUGUAUUGAUUUUCAGUUGUACUAAUUAAAUAUUUAUAUUAUUAAUUGUGGUUGUGGUUGUUAUAGUGUGCAUUCUAUAUAUCUCUCUAUAUAUCUCUCUAUAUAUCUCUCUAUAUAUCUCUCUAUAUAUCUCUCUAUAUCUCUACUCUGUAACACAGCCACACAUGUCUAUUCCAUAUGUGCUGCUGACUGUUUUGUUAAAGCAUAACACCAAUAAACAUCCGGAGGUUUCUAUUUUACUUUAAUGUUUUGUCAGAAGUUUGCUUAGUUCAAAGUAAAAUUUACCAUAUUGAACCUAUUAAAUGCUAUUUAGAUAUGUCCACCUGCUGUAUGUGAAUGUAUAAUAUUUGUAGCAACAUGUUUGGCCUCCAUUAUAAUUUUAACCAUAUGGCAUGCUUGGGAUAUUUGUGCAAAAUGCUUCUUUACCUGUGGAAGUCUUAUUUAUUUUAAUUUUAUUUUAUUUAGUUUUAACCACGAUUAGGUUUUUAGCUACCAGGAUGGGCCUCUCUUCCCCGACUAUUUAUUUCAUAUGUACUGAUUCACAGAGAGCAUAGGGUGGUGACCUCCUCAAUCCACAUGCUCUGUGAGGCAGUUAAACAAUGUCUCGCAUACAGCACUGAGAAAUUGUUACUGCCUUGUGCUUUCUGUGAGGCAGGACGUAGAGUAGAGAAUAAAUGGUCAGUGGAUGUGCAUUGUUAAUGGACCACUAUAGUGCCAGGAAAACCUACUCGUUUUCCUGGCACUAUAGUGCCCUGAGGGUACCCCCACCCUCAGGGUCCCCCUCCCGCCCGGCUCUGGACGGGGGAAUGCCUUACCUUUCUCCAGCGCCAGGCGGGGAGCUCUCCUCCGAUCCUCCUUCUCUCCUCCCCGUCGGCUGAAUGCGCACAUGCGGCAAGAGCUGCGCGCGCAUUCAGCCGGUCACAUAGGAAAGCAUUAUCAAUGCUUUCCUAUGGACGCUGGCGUGCUCUCACUGUGAAAAUCACAGUGAGAAGCACGCAAGCGCCUCUAACGGCUGUCAAUGAGUCAGCCGCUAGAGGAAAUAGGGGAAGGGUUAACCCAUUGAUAAGAAGUGGAUUUUUAACGAUUUUUUGAAGGAAUGUAGACUGGGUGAGCAUCUAACGGAGGAGGGAUCUUAGGCCCUCGAGACAUUAGGCAUGUACAUUAUAUUACCUGAAUGUUGUGGAUAUUUCUUCUAAUUAGUGGUUUUGACCUGUCCAGCCACACCUACUUUUAACAUUGAGCAUACACUGCGUUAAAGCAAUAACUGCUCCAUCAACAAGCCAUAACCAUGCCAACAUCAGACCUUGGUUUUUUCUGUUUAGCUGCUGCCCCCAGACAUUUGCUUAGUUCAAAUUAACUCCCCCCUCCCACAGCAAUAACCUUUCUUCAGAAAGAUGAAGGGCAACAAAGAUGACAGAACAUUUUGUUGAAAAUUGGCGACCUUGCGUUCUGUGCAGUAAGCAGCAAUGUACUUUGUCCAAAAUCUUUUUUUAUAAGAAUACCAAGGUUCUCAAUGUUUAAGUUGCUUACAGUCAAGCAAUGAAACCUAGUUAUAUUGUCUGCUUUAAAAUUCAUAGGCGCUAUGCUUAAUGGGAGCAAAACCUUUGUCUUAAAUUCCUGCCCUAUCACCACUGGAUGGGAAAAAAUCCUAUAAAUCUGUCAAGCAUUCCCAAUGUACUUUUCCAGUAUUCUCUAACCUCCAUGACCACUUCAGUUUUUCAACCCCUUAAGGGCACAUGACAUGUGUGACAUGUCAUGAUUCCCUUUUAUUCCAGAAGUUUGGUCCUUAAGGGGUUAGAUGUCAACAUGCUCUGCACGCUGCAGACCAGCUUAACUGUUUCUCACUGGCAGGCAGAGCCUGCAAGGAAGAAACGCAUUGUCUCCUCUCCUUUCAUCUCUUCCACAUUGAUUGCAGUAGUUAUGGUGUCUGAACCAUUUCUUUUAGAGGGAUAAACAAAAUAGGAGAGUGCUAUAAGGUGGCGCUAAAAGCAGUCUUCUAAAUUUAGAAAAUAAAAAGGAAUUAUUCUACCAUGGUGGCAUCUUUGCACAAACUGGAUCCCAAACAAGUAAUUAUUAUCAACGUCAUUUAUUCUAAGAAUUGCGCUCUCAUAUUUUAUUUGAUGCGAGUAAUAAUUAGGUUACAGUAAUACGAGCAAUAGAAGCAGUUUCCCCUACACAUGCUCAUUAGUAGGAACUGUUACCGCUGCCAUGAACAUUUCCUUGAACUUGAGGGGCUCUUAAAGAGCAAUGACUGACUGUUUUUUAGUUAUUAAUCACCGUAAUUUAUUCCUUCUUAAGCACAGAUGUUAUAGCUCCUCCGUAUUUGAAUCGGUUUGCUUCUAAAACCUUUUUAAAAACUUCAAGAUAUGAGCUUGCCUAAAGGUAGUCUCUCUGCUUUUAAGGUGCAGAACCCAACAUAUUCAAAAUGUUAACAGUUUUAGAGAAGCCACGUCAGCUUUUAUGCUUUUUAGUCACUAGAAAAACUACAACUUAAUGUAACUGUUCUGGUGUGAAUAGUAUGUCCAAGCAAGCUUUUUGCUGUAAAUACUGCCUUUUCAGAGAAAAGGCAGUGUUUACAUUGCUACUUAGUUAUUCCUCCAGUGACAGUCACUCAGACAGGUGCACAGCAUGCAGCACUGAUGUUCAGCGCCUCCACGCUCUGCUUGGAAAUACUGAAGGCUCUCCAUAGAGAUGCAUUGAUUGGCCAGCAUGGCGUUUGGCUUUGCCCCAUUUCCUCCUUGGAAAAAAAAGGUAAGUUUUUUUUUUUUAUUAUAUAUUUUUAAAUGGGACAAGGAGGGACUGGCCAUCUAUACAGUGUUUUUAACACUAUAGAGUCAGGAAUACACCUUUGUAUUCCUAAACUUGGUGUUAUUUUAACCCCUUAAGGACCAAACUUCUGGAAUAAAAGGGAAUCGUGACAUGUCACACAUGUCAUGUGUCCUUAAGGGGUUAGCUGGAAACCCUGAAGCUCAUCCUUUCACACCCUCUUCCACUCUGCUGGGAAGCCUAGAGAGUCUUGUGUUGUCUUAGUGGGAUGCUCAUGCCCCUGUAGAAGUUUCCUAAAAACUCAGUUGAAUGUGCAAAUUAUUUAUGUGGUUUCAGACUGUAGGAGAUUAAUCCUUUAAAGGAACACUAUAGUCUCCUAAAUUACUUUAGCUAAAUAAAGCAGUUUUAGUGUAUAGAUCAUUCCCCUGCAAUUUCACUGCUCAAUUCACUGUCAUUUAGGAGUUAAAUCACUUUUUGUUUCUGUUUAUGCAGCCCUAGCCACACCUCCCCUGACUAUGAUUGACAGAGCCUGCAUGAAAAAUAAAAACUGGUUUCACUUUCAAACAGAUGUAAUUUACCUUAAAUAAUUGUAUAUCAAUCUCUAAAUUGAACUUUAAUCACAUACAGGAGGCUCUUGCAGGGUCUAGCAAGCUAUUAACAUAGCAGGGGAUAAGAAAAUCUUAAUUAAACAGAACUUGCAAUAAAGAAAGCCUAAAUAGGGCUCUCUUUACAGGAAGUGUUUAUGGAAGGCUGUGCAAGUCACAUGCAGGGAGGUGUGACUAGGGUUCAUAAACAAAGGGAUUUAACUCCUAAAUGGCAGAGGAUUGAGCAGUGAGGCUGCAGGGGCAUGUUCUAUACACCAAAACUGCUUCAUUAAGCUAAAGUUGUUCAGGUGACUAUAGUGUCCCUUUAAUAAUGUGCUUGCUUGAGAUGAAAUGUUUGCAGUAAUGUAAGCAAUAGGACCUCUCUGUUUGCAAGUGAAUAAUUUUAGUCUUCUUUCUGUACAUUGAGUAUAGCAGUGGGCUCUUUCCCUAGUACUUUCUGUUGUUACCCCGUAUUUCUAUGUAAUGCAGCUUACUCAACUGUUAUUGGUGACCUCAUCUGUCAGCCGUGGAAAUAUGCACAUGCAUUGGUCGUCCCAUAGAGAAUGUGUAAUCUAAACAGUCUGCAUGGGUAGGGUGCCAUUGCCUUUAAAGUGAAAAUUUUAGUUUUCAUCAAAACUCACAAAAAGUGGUCCUGACGCUCUCAGCCUAUGAAGUUUUCUUGCUACUGCAGCUUUUCAGAAGCUGAAAGUGCUUCUCUGAACCACCAGGGAGCAUCAGAACCCAGUGAGGACCCAGGUAGGAGAGCAAACCAUUGCUAAGCGUUUUAUCCCAAUACUGCGCCCUGGGACAGGCAGUGGAGUAGCAAUUUAUAUGCCAAAUUGCAUCUGAUAGCUGCCCAAGUGGCCACAAAUGUGUCAGUGGAUGGAGGAGAGCCAAAGUUAUUGAAUGAUACAUAGAUUUUCUCCUGGGCCAUGGACCUAGUCUUGCUGUUGAAUGCAGUGACUGUUUUUACGUCGAGUAGUCCGUAAGUGGUUGAACAAUUAUCUAGUCUUAAUUUUGGGAUUGAAUAAAGACACAUUUCAAACAGUCCCUUUUUUAUAAUGACCUUUUUUUUAACAAACCAGCAAUCCUUGUUAGUGUACUGUGGACUGCAGUUGUGACCCCUAUGCCCUUGUUAAACAAAGUAGCACACUGAUCGGUAUUUCAUAUAACUCUAUACAGCUGUAAUUAUUCAAUGAUACUUUUUUCUACAUUACAAUGUAUAUUUAGACUGAUCUUUUGAUUGUUGAUUUUGUGCCCUGCUGCAUGUCCUCUGCAAUGUAUUCCUGACCUGUCUGUCAACUUCUAGGAUACCUGUAUUUAAAAAUAAAUAAAUAAAUAUUGGUCCAUGGAUCAUGCUGAGUUUUGCUGCCAAGCCCCACUGCCUUAAGAUGUUUGCAUAAGGGAUUCCUUGUGGGUAAGGAGGCCCUGUGGGGAAGCAUCAGACUUGAACUCCUAAGUAGAAUGCGAUUGAGCGACUUACAAAAGGAGUCUCAUGUUACAGGAUGUGGGAAAGCUAGGGACUGGGAGAUGAAUUUUGCAGCCCUCAGUGAAUGUAUGCUGUUUACAAAAGAAAAAAACCAUUCCAGCAGGAUGAGAAAAUUGUUGGUGAUGGAAGUGCAAGCUGACUAUUUUGUUACAGCUGCUACUACUACAAUUAUACUGGAGGCUGCUACAUAGAAAUUUCUCUUGUAUAUGAAAAAGCGCUACUUGCAAAAAAAGAAAUGUAUCUGUUGCAUCCUAGUGCAUCUUUGUAUUUUAAUCCGUUUUCCUGCGUAGCAAAGUUUUACUGUAAGGGGAGCACUUGGAAUAUAUGUCCAGUGAUGCCAGAGAUAUUAGGGAUUUAAGGCCAUAUGCCAUUUUCCCAAUGUUUUCAACAUGAGCAGUUUCAGGUUUAGAAUAGUAUCUUGAGGAGUCUGUGAACCCUUCAGAAUGAUCUAUAAUCCUGUAUUCUAAUAAGAGGAGCAUAUCCUUAAACCACUUAAGUGAUCCUAGAAAUUUUUUUUUUUUUUUUUUUUUAAAUUUGUAUUUUAUUAGCUUUAUACAGACAGGUAUAUUGCAGGUCAGUAACUGGUUAAGAAAUUAGUCGUAUUGUGCGGUUCACCAUCCGGCAUACAUGAAACAUGUACGUCAGCAGAACAUAAACAAUAACAUUGUGGGCAUAGCAUUGUGACAAACAAAACAUUAUGGUGUGGGAUUGCUAGUUGUGUCCUGGGGUGGCCACUGAAGUGGUGCAAUGCAGUGGGCUCUAUUGAUUAGGAGCGGACUUUGUGGGCCUUUUGUGGCAAGAGUCAGGUCGUAAAGUCCAUGCUUUGACCUCUGCUUUGAGGUUGGGCUCGGGCGUGUAAUGUCUACAUCCUCCCAGUCAGGGUCUCAAUUGCCCAGGAACACCAUAGCUUGGGUAGCUUCUGUGGGGCGCUUCCUCCCGGGUUCCCCCUGGUUAUCAGCUUUUUGUUCGGGGUGGUGUCAGCUAUUGUGCUCGGGGUUUUGUGGUUGAUCCUCCAUUUGUCCUGUUCUGACGUGAAGGUGUUUAGUUGGUCUCCACUUGGGACUAAUUAUGCUCCAUCUAUAGCACACCUCUCGGUCCCUGAGCUGUUUGGCGACUGGUGCCAGUUUGCGUUUCUCCACCAGCACCGCAAAUGGUAUGUUAUCAUAUAUUGUUAACACACUGUUCUCAAACUUGACCGUGCCCAUCUCCUGUGAGCAGGCCAUGAUUGUGGCAUGAACCUCUAUUUCCUUUGUCACAAUUAUGGCAUCUCUCGGUGCAUCAGCCGGUGCAGUAGCGGCCUUUUGGAUGCGGAAAGCCGACAUGAGCAUGAAUGGGUCAUUUCUGUUUUUAAGGCCCAUGAAUAUGAAGUGUCUCUGGGCAUAUGGUAGGAGCUCCUCCCCACUAACCUCUUCUGGGAUCCCUCUCAGUCUGACGUUCCAGCGUCUGUGUCUUGAUGCCAUGGUUCUCUGCAUUUGUCUGACUUGUUGAGUAGCUCUGUUAAUUUCAUCUCUGUACCCUGUAUCCUUUCGUCUCUGGCUUUCGCUCUCUCUCUCUCCUCCACCCUUGUUGCCCUCUGAGUCACAACACUUAUCUCCUGAUGUGCCUCAUGGAGAUCCUCCUUCUACACAUUGCGGAGGUCUUGGAGCAACCUUUUCAUAUCCUCUCUUGUGGAGGGUGUCGAGUCAUUCUCAGACUUUGAAUUGCAGUCGGCGUCGCUGGGGUGUCAGCAGGCGCGGGAUUCUGCCUCCUCUUGUGAUUUCUUGUGUCUUCUGCCUCUGGUUGCAUUGCCAGCGCCAUUUUAGGUGGCUUGUGUGUCGUAGGCCUCUCGAAUGAGAGCCGUAUGUCAGGCAGUCUAGGACCCUUGGGCACUCUGAACCUUUUAUUUUUCUUGACAAUUAUGUCUUCUGGUUGGGGCAGCUCUGCUGGAGGUCAAUAGCCAGUUAUUCGCCGCGAGUUGUCGAGUUUUCCAGCCGGAGCUCCAGCAGCACACAUCUUUCCAGUUACUCGGUCAGCCCCUCCCCUACCUUCCCAAGAUCCUAGAAUUUUAAAUCUUGGUGGUGGGUUGGGGCGCCAAAAAUUUUUCCUCCAGACUCACUAAAUUUAUGAGAACAGAUUUCCUAUCCUUUCCUGUGAAAUAGAAUGUGUACCAUAUGCGCAGAGCUUUAGAACUAUGUCAAAGUAUUCAGAUUGAAAUCACACAAUUAAUGUGGCGUUUUAAAUUGAUAAAAAAUAAUAAUUGCAGCUAGAUGGAUAAAGGCAUAGUUACACCAUUAACGGGCAUAUCCAUGUGCACUGUACAUGGCACUUGGAGUGGAUAUUAAUUGAGGAGAGGUUUAGUAAAGUAGAGGGAACGCCACAUUGUGCUUUGCUGGUAUUUUCGUUGUAAGCACUAGUAGACUGGCAUCUCAUUAUUAAAGGGUAGUUUUUAAUAGAUCUCCUUCACCCAGAGGCCCUAGUGUGUGUUAAUCCCUCGCUGGUAUUGGGAGAAUAGAUUGGAGUGGAGCCUUUGGUUUACACCUGGUUUAGAAGGUCCUCUGGAUCGCUUAGUCUUGUUUUAUAGAGGAGAAAUGUUUCUGGCUCCACCAGAUUACAGGGUCUGUGGGCAUCCAGAUGUAACCCUCAUCCCAUGAACCAGUCAUUUGGAUUCCAUUAAACCUGGAAGUCUUUCUUUCUGGGUUAUGGUUGUCUCUAUUUGAAUGAACCACGCACUUUACAUUUGUACUUAAUUCCCGCUGUCUGGAUGUGCCAUUUAGUUUCAGUGGCGUGUUCGUUUUGUGGAGACUGGUCAUUUUGUUUCUUGGUAUUGCUGUGCAAAGCACCCCUUAGGUUGUGUUUAAGAUCUUGGAUGUUGGCCAAUACAAAAGAAGUAUCUUCAAACUAAUACCGUUUGGUGUAUUCCUUGUGGUAUCACUUAUAGUUGAAUUGUUAAAGGAACAUUAUAGUCCCCUAAAUAAAGCAGUUUUAGUGUAUAUAGAUCAUUCCCCUGCAAUUUCACUGCUCAAUUCACUGUCAUUUAGGAGUUAAAUCACUUUGUUUCUGUUUAUGCAGCCCUAGCCACACCUCCCCUGGCUAUGAUUGACAGAGCCUGCAUGAAAAAACUGGUUUCACUUUCAAACAGAUGUAAUUUACCUUAAAUAAUUGUAUCUCAAUCUCUAAAUUGAACUUUAAUCACAUACAGGAGGCUCUUGUAGGGUCUAGCAAGCUAUUAACAUAGCAGGGGAUAAGAAAAUCUUAAUUAAACAGAACAUGCAAUAAAGAAAGCAUAAAUAGGGCUCUCUUUACAGGAAGUGUUUAUGGAAGGCUGUGCAAGUCACACGCAGGGAGGUGUGACUAGGGUUCAUAAACAAAGGGAUUUAACUCCUAAAUGGCAGAGGAUUGAGCAAUGAGGCUGCAGGGGCAUGUUCUAUACACCAAAACUGCUUCAUUAAGCUAAAGCUGUUCAGGUGACUAUAGUGUCCCUUUAAUUGUGAAGUAAAUGUAGCGAAGAGUAACAGUGUCUAUUUUCCUCUAUUUGUACACUGUGGGGCUGACAGUAGAUUGAGUAUUUAGUUUUUAAUCUGUAAAUCUUCCCAGCUUUCUAUACUAAACAAGUUGACGUUCACUGUUAAAUAUGAUUUUAAUUUAAAAAUAUUUAUUUUAUUUUAUUUUUUUAUUUUUUGGGGGGUCUGUUUUAAAACUUGGAUAUAUACUGCAACUUUAGAUUAUUUGAAAAUUGUAAUAUUCAGAUGAUUGUACAUGAUAUUCUAUGAAUAAAUUGAUUUAUUACUGGUAUUUAUAAAGCGCCAACCGAUUCUGCAUCGGUACAAUAUCAUUUAAACUUUGUAUAUGUGCAUUGAUUGCACAUUUAAGAGAUUUAUAUCUUAACCUAUUGGUUUAGCCAGUAUUCUGCAUAAUUUUAAUCUAUAAUUUAAAUAUUUGCUUCACCACAAGACUUCCAGGAAAAUCAUUUUUAUAUUUUAAAAACAAAAAAACUUAAAUUUUUAUGGAUCCUGAAAUCAACAUUCUCACCACUACAUGGUUAAAUAACUUGAUGCAUACGGGGCAGGGACGUAUACUACAGUCAUACACUUCACAACCCCUUAAUAGUUGGGAACUAGAUCAGCCAGUGAGCAGAGAUGCUUAGUGGGUGUAAUGCUGGAGCAAAGUGUGUGAGACAGGGGAACCCGUCUGAUACAAAACAGUUUCCCAGGAAACCAGAGGGUGGCGGAAGGAAGGGGAGUGUGGAUUUUCUUGUUCCAAACAGAUAAAGAGGAAGAAAGGAGGAGGGGAGGAGAGGGAACUAGGGAGCAGUGGACCUUGGGAUCUUUCAUUCUCGCUUCCCAUUCUUUUUUUCAUUUUUGCCAGAUGUGAAAGAUUCUUUUACUUUUCCUUAUUUGCUUUUUUUUUUUUUUUUCUCUUGCUCUUAUGUUGCUGUUAAGAAGUCUUAAAGUCCCCUGUAGGGGUGUGUGGAAAAGGCAGACAUGGAAAUAGUUGUCUCUGACUGUGAAAGCGUAUUCUGCUUGCUUAUUGCCCUGGUCUCUCAUGCUUGGUAUACUGUGAGUAUUUAAAUAUGCUCUGAAAAUGACAGGAACAGAAAGCCAUCUACAAAAGGUGCUUUAUUACAUUUUUGGGUUCUAUUUAUCACAAUUGAUUUUUGUGCUUUGACAAGAAGAGCAAAGUGGUGCUGCCAAAAAAACAAAGAUGGGAUGUCUAAGCUCAGUCCCGCAAGAAGAGGUCUCCUUGGCAAGGUCAGUUGGGUUUUGUGGUAGAAACAUAAUUGUUGAUCAACGUGGUUUUGGCCCUUGUAUGUUUUUGUAGAGGUAUGGAUGUAUAAAGGCAUGUAUCUGUAAAUGGGUGAGAGACCAGGCUAAGGAGGUGGGGGAGUGAGGGCACGGAUUCAGCUGAGAAAGUUGGAUUCCGAUAGUUGCUUGGUUUUGUUUCCAAAGCUGUUUGAACUUGCUUCUCAUGAGAAUGUGGGUCUCAUAUUUCCUCUCUUGGGGAGUUCAGUGCUGACAUGGUGUGUGAAAGUGUAAGAGCUGUUCUUCCAGACCAGUUAAACCAUCAAACUUUAGUCAAGCCCUCUCAUAUACUACUGAUGUUGACCAAUCUGUUUGUUUGCUUUUUUUUUUAUUUUUUUUUUAAACAUUAUAGGAAUGAUAUACAAAUAAAAUAUAUAUAUAUAUAUAUAUAUAUAUAUAUAUAUAUAUAUAUAUAAAAUUUUGUUUUGUUUUUUUAAAAAAUUGUAAAAGGAGCAGAGGUAUUUUGUAACGACACCACACACAUUUGCAAUGAUCAAUCAGGUUCUAUGUUAACAGGAUCUAGACUGAAUUGGCAGCGGGCAUGAAACAUAACCAUUUUGUGUACAACCGUAGACUAAACAACAUUCUUUGCAUGUCCAUUGACUUGCUUGGAUUGGAGCUUUACAUGCUACUUGCCAGUUUGGGGAAAUGUGCAGAUUAAUAUUACAGUGAAGGAAGCUGAAUUCAUGAGAAUUUCUGUGGGUUUCCUUAAAUGUAUGAAUGAGUGCUGUGUCUGGUAUAAAUAAAUUUAAGAACACUAAAUGUUCUUGGGAUUAGGAGAUGCCCAUCACUCACAGCCAGUACACCAGUGAUUAAUGCUUAUGGCUGACUUUUGCAAAAACACAUAUAGGAAUGGUAUUUACUGGGCUACCAACAAAUAUUUGAAUACAAGUUAAAGAGUAAAACACGUGAAUAAGGCGACAAAGGUAAUGGGUUUUAAACGUUGUUAGUGUAAAUUCUCUCUAAUGUUUUUUUGUAGGUCUAGGGGUGUCUGUAAAAAUAAAAUGUAUAUUUAUUUGUGGUUAUCUGUAUAAAUGAAUUCCAUUGACUGCAAUCUUAGUGGCUUUGGAAUAUGUAUAUGUAUAUAUGUAUAUAUGUAUAUAUAUAUGUAUGUAUAUGUAUGUAUAUUUAUGUAUGUAUGUUGAAUCACCUGGCUUCUCUCUACAAUGUGUGGUUUAUUUUACUCUUAAAUUAAUUUUAUUUUGUAUUUUCUGUAAACUAGCGAUAUCUUGUCCAGUCUUAUGAAUAAAUAUGAUAUGGGAAUAAUAGGCAGAGGGGCAUACUAGAAAAGAAGUUCAAAGUUGUUGUGUGGAGGGGAGUGGGUGUUUAUCAUAGAACUUCAUGGUGCAGUGUUUUUCACUAAAUGUAUUUUUGAAGUUAUCAGUCCUGAGUCUUGUGGUUUCGCUGGUUUAAUUGUCAAAAUGUCAGGGCUGCACACUCUGGACAGUGCCAGUUAAUUUGAUUGCGUAAUUUGAUGUUUGACACCUGUAUCAAAUGUAAAUGAUGGCUUCCAUAGAAGCUGGUAUUCAAAUGUUGGUUACUAGAAUUGUUGGGUUGCUUCAUACUGCUGUUAUAGAUGGUUAGAAUGUGGAUUUAUCUCAGAGCAAUGAGACCUUGUCAUUUACCUAUUUUUUUUCUUUUCUUUUUUUUUUUUUUUCUUUCCCAGGAACACCUCUGGCCGGGAAAGCAGCUUUGUGGAAAAAAUGAAGAAGACGGUGAGUGUGACUACCAUUUAUACUCAGUCAUUUUUACUAUGUUGCAACAUGGAGACACUUUGUCAUAACCCUCAAACCUUUGCUACUUGCAUUCCGGUGGUUUAUGAGCAGAAUAAAAACAUUCUCACUGCAUGUUUUUGUCUUGUUUCUCCCAUUACUGUAUGGUCCAGUCCAUGUUAACAGGAUAGGCAUAUUGGUGUGUAUUUUAUUUUAUUUUGUUUUGUUGGCUCCCCCUCAUUUGUGCGAGAGAACAAUUAAGAAAGUGUCCAUUGUGUAAAUACAGGUGUUAAUAUAAUAAUUAUGUUGGUUCUGUGUAUUGUAGAUUUAAUAAAUAAAAUUAGGGACUACAAACCAACUCUGAAAAGCUUAUAUACCACCAACCAAAAAAGCACACACCGCAUUGUUGAUCCUCAAAUUUCAUAUGUAAGGCUGGUGAUAAGCAUAUGGGCUUGAUAUCUCAACACUGGAAGAGCUUUUCCUGUCAAUUUUCCUCACCAAUACAAAAUGUGUGUGCAUGGACAUUUACAGUGCCUUGCAAAAGUAUUCACCACCCUUGGCAUUUUGCUUGUUUUGUUGCCUCACGACCUAAUUAACAUGGAUUGUUUGAGGAUUGGCCUCAUUUAAUUUACAGAACAUGCCCACAACUUUCAAGAUCUUUGUUUGAGUUUUAUUUUUAUUUAUUUUUUUUAUUGUGAAGCAAACCACAAAUAGGACAAAAUAACAUACAAAGUCAAUGUGCAUAACUAUUCACCCCCCUAAAGUCAAUACUUUGUAGAGCCACCUUUUGUGGCAAUCACAGCUCCAAGUUGCUUUGGAUAAGUCUCUAGGAGCUUGCCACAUCUUACCACUGGGAUUUUUGCCCAUUCCUCCUUGCAAGUUGGAUGGUUUGCGCUUGUGAACAGCAAUUUAAGUUUCUAUUGGAUUGAGGUCUGGGCUUUGACUAGGCCAUUUCAACACAUUUAUAUGUUUCCCCUUAAACCACUCAAGUGUUGCUUUAGCAGUGUGUUUGGGGUCAUUGUACUGCUGGAAGGUGAACCUCCGUAGAGGUUUUGCUAAAAAAAAAAAUAUACCUGUAUUAGCAUGAUCCAUCUUUCCCUCAACUCUGACCAGCUUCCCAGUCCUGGCACAUCCCCACAGCAUGAUGCUGCCACCACCAUGUUUCACUGUGUGGAUUUUGUUCUUUGGGUGAUAUGAUGUGUUGGGUUUGCGCCAGACAUAGCGUUUUCUUUGGCUUAAAAGUUCAAUUUUAGUCUCAUCAGACCAGAGCACCUUCCUCCAUACAUUUUGGGAGUCUCCCACAUGCCUUUUUGCAAACUCAAAAGGUGCCAUUUUGUUUUUUGUUGAAAGUAAUGGCCACUCUGCCAUAAAGCCCAACUCUAUGGAGCGUACGGCUUAUUGUCGUCCUAUGUACAGAUACUACAGUGUCUGCUGUGGAACUCUGAAGCUCCUACAGGGUUAUCUUAGGUCUCUGUGCUGCCUCUCUGAUUAAUGCCCUCCUUGCCCGGUCCGUGAGUUUUGGUGGGCAGCCGUCUCUUGGCAGGUUUGCUGUUGUGCCAUGUUCUUUCCAUUUGGUUAUGAUAGAUUUGAUGGUGCUCCUGGGGAUCAUCAAAGAUUUGGAUAUUUUUUUUAUAACCUAACCCUGACUUGUACUUCUCAACAACUAUGUCCCUUACUUGUUUGGAGAGUUCCUUAGUGCUCAUGGCAGUGUUUGGUUAGUGGUGCCUCUUGCUUAGGUGUUGCAGCCUUGGGGGCCUUUCAAAAAAGGUGUGUUGAUGAUGAUCAUGUGACCCUUAGAUUGCCCAGGUGGACAUCAUUUCACUAAUUAUGUGACUUCUGAAGGUAAUUUGUUGCACCAGAGCUUUUUAUGGGCUUCAUAAGAAAGGGGGUGAAUACAUACGCAUAUGCCAAUUUUCUGUUUUCUAUUUCAAAAAAAAUAGUUUUAUGUAUAUAUUUUUCUCAUUUCACUUCACCAAUUUAGACUAUUGUGUUCUGAUCCAUCACUUAAAAUUCAGAUUAAUGAAACAUUGAACUUAAGGCUGUAAUGUAACAAAAUAGUUUAAAAAGUCAAGGGGGUGAAUACUUUUGCAAUGCACUGUACAUAAUGUUUUAAGGGGACUAAUGUAUUUAGAUGCUAUCAAAGGUCUUUAUGGAAUUGUGAUAACAACCUGUAAAUUAAUUUAUUUUUUUGCUUGUUUUCCAAUAGGGAAAAAACAUAGUGGUAUUUUAUGGCUCACAGACUGGAACUGGAGAAGAAUUUUCCAAUCGACUAGCAAAAGAUGCUCACCGUUAUGGCAUGAGAGGGAUGUCUGCUGACCCGGAGGAGUAUGAGAUGGUACAGCUAUAGAAGCUUUACUUGAAUACAGUUGUGUGCGUGUGAACUGCAUAACUUGAGGAUCCAUGUGUAUUUGCAAGUGUAUAUAAUUGUCAAUGCUGAGGGGCUGAAAUAUUAGAGUUAUUGUUGGACCUAAUGACUCCAAUAAGAUGGCUGCAGUGCCAAAAUGGAUCCCUCAACAAUUAGAACGGACAUUGUAGUCUGAAGACAUCCAUUUGGCUCAUUUUAAAAUUAAAUGUAAACCUGCAAUGUGAAAAAUGCCUUUCCAGACUAUAUAUAACUUUUUUACAUUGCUUGUGUGUUUUGUGUCUAGUUCUCCUUGCACUAGGUCAUAUGUAUGGCCUUUGUGUAUACUUUUUAGAAUGGCAGUCCUGCUAUGCACUUCAGUUUUGUGAACUUUUUGAGUUGAAGAGGUCUGGUUCACGUGUUCAUUUUUGAUUCUUUACUAUUGAUGCAUUUAGUACCCUGCCAAUAAAGUGUCCCACAAAUUGCUUAACAUUUUAACUAUAGUAGUAUCCUCUUUAAUGAAGUUUGCGUGUAGACUCUGCUGUCAUGACAUAUUAAAAAUGUUGCAGAUUUGCUGUUUUUUUAUUUAUUUUUAUUUUUUAAACCUGCUAUUAAGACACUGAAUAUUUGACUCCCCGUAACUGUUAAAUACCUCCUAAUUUACAGAACACUUGCAUAUCAAAGAGCGAAUUGUCAGACAUAUAUUUUGUAGAUGAAACACACUGGUGAAAUGACUCGCAUUCAGGGGCAUUUGUUAGUUUUCUUUACUUCACCUUUAAACUCAUUUCAUAUGACUAUUGUGUUGUGCCUCCCCCCCCCCCCUUAUUGUGAAAUUGAUUAAUCCUUUUUGUUAAAGGGACACUAUAGUCACCAGAACAACUACAGGUUAAUGUAGUUGUUCUGGUGAGUAUAAUGGCUCCCUUCAGGCAUUUUCAUGUAAACACUGCCUUUGCAGAGAAAAGUCUGAGGUGUCCCUAGGAGCAAUGAAAACACAAAGUGGCCACUCCUUAGAUGGCCUCUGAAGGGGCUUCCUGGCUCAGCAGGAAGCAGCCCUGCCGUUUGGCGUCCCCACGCUCUGCAUGGGGGACGCUGAAUUUUCCUCAUAGAGAUGCAUUGAUUCAAGGCAUCUCUAUGAGGAGGUGCUGAUUGGCCAAAACAGUGUUUGGCACCGCCCCCUUGCCGAUUUUUAGCCAAUCCAAUGCUUUCCCCAUGGGAACAUUUUGAUGUCACCAAGAGGGUGGGGCCAGUGCCAGCAGAGGCUCGGGCAAACCACCUGUUUGGUGGGUUUUCACUAUAGGGUCAGGAAUACAGGUUUGUGUUCCUGACCCUAUAGUGAUACUGUAAUGUGUAUUGGCAUAUACAUAAAAUUAUAAUUAAACUUUAGCAGUUGCUAGUUGUACGGUCUGUUUGGAAACACAGAGGUAGAUUAAACUUUUUUUUAAACUAAUACAGUAUUUGAUGUUUUCUGGAAGAUUAUUCCAAUGUUGUACAUCUCUAUAGACUAAUGACAUGCCAUCAAUUUAAUAGGGAGUAAAAGUUCCAGUGAACCAAUUCUGUUAAGGCUCAGCCACAGAGUCUGAGCAGCAUGUUUAAUGCACAUAGGCAAAGUCAUAGCCAGGCCAGGAACGUAAAUUGGUUUUGAGUUUUGGCCAAUUUGGAUAUUUUAAUCUUUACUACAUGUUCAAUACUAUUAGUACAAUUCAUUAGUUCUGCCCGACUAUCGGUUUUCAGAGUAUAAUACAUGCAAAUGCCCUUCAUUUUUGUUACUGGUUUUCAUUAUUCUUUAGUAUUUAGCAAGAGCCGGCAUGUUCCACAGUGAUUUAGAUCUUGAACGAAGGUUUAACAAGUGUAUCAAAAAGAACAUUUUAAAUUAUUGCCAGAAUUCCCCUAAAAAAAAAAAAAAAAGUUCCAGACAAUAAAAUGAUUGCAGAUCUCUUCCCAGUGACCAACACAAUUGGCUUUGUUCUGCUUGGUGCUUCGGUUGUCACAUCCAACCUGUAUGACCUCUGUUAAAUUCAGUCUACUAUAGAUCUUCCUUCACUCUUAAUGUCAUUGCAUAUUUUUGACAUUGCAGCAGAUGGCAGUGCACUUGUAUAUCAUGGCACAUUGUCGUCAGGGCUUUUGUUUGCCUGGAUUUGUUGUCUCUUACUGCAUGUUUAAUCAAUUAGUACAUUCCUUAAAGACAAACAAAUAAAACUAUGCAUGCAAAGAUCAGUGCUUAUUAAAAGCAGUCAUCCACAAGAAGCCACCACUAUUUGGUGGUCUUGGCCUUUUCAUCCAUGAAAACUGUAAUUGCGCAAUGAAAGACAGAUUCAUUGACUAGCUAGACAUUCCUGAGUCUUAUUCAUUGCAAAGUUUUUUUUUUUUUUUUUUUUUAAACUAGUUCUAUGCCAGCAUUGUUAAUGGCCACCAUGUGAAACGGUCAUGAGAUUAACUUAGAGUGAAAUAUGUCCUCUGUUAGUUUUUGAUUUUGAAAUAUUUUUUUAAAAGUUCAUGUAAGAGAAUGUAAGUCAUGUUUUUGUGGGUGUAGGGGAGUCCAUGAAGAAUCUGUACUUGUGGAAUACAGAUUCAUCCUAUCCGUGAAGUAGAACACACAUGUGCUCCUACUGGCUCAUGAGGCUGCAACCUUUAGUGUCUCUGAGUGGUCAGGAUGGAUCCCUCUGUGUACAUAUAGUCCGGAUGAGUGUACAGUUGCCAUAUCCUUGGGUUUUACUCCUCUAAUGUGUUAAAAUAAAUCCCCACGCAUUUUUUAUUUAAUUUUACAGGCUGACCUAAGUCGUCUUUCUGAAAUCGAGAAUGCUCUUGCUGUAUUCUGCAUGGCCACUUAUGGUGAGGGGGAUCCUACAGAUAAUGCUCAGGACUUCUAUGACUGGCUACAGGAAACAGACACUGAUCUCUCUGGUGUAAAGUUUGCUGUGAGUAUCAAUUGCAAUGUUGUCCUAUGUCUGUAUGUAAAUCAUGGAACAUGGCUUUACACUGGUAAACCACAGCAUUAAAACCACUGACCGGUGAAGUGGAUAGCAUUGAUUAUGCUGUUACAAUGGCACCUGUCAAGUGGUGUGGUACAUUAGGCAGCAAGUGAACAGUCCGUUCUUGAAAUUCGUGUGUUGGAAGCUGGAAAAAUGGGCAAGUAAAAAGAUCUUGGGGACUUUGGCGAGGGCAAAAUAGUGAUGGCUAGAUGACUGGGUCAGAGGAUCUCUAAAACGGCAAGUCUUGUGGGGUUUUCCGGUAUAUAGUUGUUGGGAACUUUUAAAAAAAAAAAGGAAAGGCAACUGGUAAACGGACUUCAGGGUCAUGGGCUCCCAAGGCUCAUUGACGCACGUGGGAAGCGAAAGCUAUCCUGUCUGGUCCAAUCACACAGAAGAGCUACUGUAGCCUAAAUUACUGAAAAACGGAAUACUGGACAUGAUGAUGAAAAGGUGUCAGAACACACAGUACUUCCCGGUUUGUGGUGUUUGGAGUUGUGUAGCCGCAGAUCAGUUAGAGAGCUCAUGAUUUCCCCUGCUAGAAGCGCCCUCAAUGGUGACGUGAAGGUUGGCUGGUCUGAUGAAUCACAAUUUCUUUUAGAUCAGGUGAAUGGCCAGGGCAUGUGCGUGGUUUACCUGGGGAAGAUAUGACCGCAUGAUGCACUAUGGGGAAAAAGGGAAGUUAUGCCAUGGACAACAUUCUUCUGGUAAAUAUUAGGUUCUGGCAUUCAUGUGGAUGUUAUUUUGACACGUACCAUCUACCUAGAAAUUGGUGCAGACCAGGUACAUCACUUCAUGCCAGUGGUGUUCCCUGAUGACAGCAGCCUCAUUCAGUAGGAUAAUGCACCCUGACACACACACACCACACCACACCACACCACACCACACACCACACACCACACACCACACACCCUUGAGAGUUGAAGGCAAUUGACCUUUAAUGUGGAUAAGUGCAAGAUAAUGCAUCUUGGGCGUAGAAACCUACGGGCAGAGUAUAGACUAUUUGAUACCCUACUAACCUCAACAUCUGAGGAAAGGGAUUUAGGGGUGAUUAUUUCUGAUGACUUAAAAUUAGGCAGACAAUGUAAUAGAGCAGCAGGAAAUGCUAGCAGAAUUCUUGGUUGUAUAGGGAGAGGUAUUAGCAGUAGAAAGAUGGAAGUGCUCAUGCCAUUGUAGAGAACAUUGUACGAGACAUGGGGCAUAUGAAACAUUUAAAUACAUAAAGGGAAUCAACACAGUAAAGGAGACUAUAUUUUAAAAGAAGAAUAACUACCAAAACAAGAGGACAUAUUCUUAAAUUAGUGGGGCAAAGGUUUUAAAAAAAUUUUUUCAGGAAGUAUUACUUUACUGAAAGGGUAGUGGAUGCAUGGAAUAGCCUUCCAGCUGAAGUGGUAGAGUUUAACACAGUGAGGGAGUUUAAGCAUGUGUGGGAUAGGCAGAAGUCCUAUAAGAUAAGGCUAGGGACCAAUGAAAAGUAUUUUGAAAAUUGGGAAGACUAAAUGGGCCGACUGGUUCUUAUCUGCCUUCCCAUUCUAUAAGGCAAGAGUUCCCAAUUAAUUUUUCCCGUGGAACCCUUUGACAAAGUUUAUCAACAACGUGAAACCCCCCCUUUUUUUUUGUGUAUCUAUUUGACACACAGAUACACACAUAGUGACACCCACACUGCAUCAAGGUGUGUGUGUGUGUGUAUAAAUCUGACACACAGAUGCACGCAACUUGACACACAGUGUGUUUGUUUGUAUGUGCCGUUGUGUAUAUCUGUGUCAGUGGUUACUGUGUGUGUGUAUAUCUCUCUAAUCUCAAUCCUCUGAUGCACCCACACACUUUUAUUAUUUUUAGAUUUUACUCCACUCAGCCUUUGGGAGUGCUGGCAUGGAGUCUCUAGUGGGGCUACUGGGCUGAGCGAGCGGUCCCUGGGGUCCAGUGGGGCUGCUGAGCAGCUGGUGUGCAGGUGGUGAGGGAGCAGUGAUCUCCUUGCUCAGCUCCCUCGUGCGCCUCUUAGUGUGGCUGGAGCUGGAGUGACGUCAUAUUCCGGCUCAAGCAUCACUGCUGUGCGCGAGGGAACUGAGCAGGGAGAUCACUGCCAUUUUGUUUUUUAAACUUUUGGCGGAACACCAAUUGGGAAACGCUGCCAUAAUGUAUUGACUUGGCCUUCAAAUUCCCCAGAUAAUCUGUGCAUAUGUGGGGAGUGCUGGAACAAAUAAUCUGAUCCAUGGAGCCCUUACCCCGCAACUCGAAGGGCUUAAGUUAUUUGCUGCUCAUGUCUUGGUGCCAUAUACUAAGACCUGUUCAGAGGUUGAUUGGAAUCAAUGCCUCGGCGUAUCAUAACUGUUUUGGCAGCAUUAGAGAGACCUACAUGAUAUUGGGCAGGUGGUUUUAUUGUUGUGGCUGAUAUGUGUAUAUGACGUUUCUAUUGGACAUAAAUUGAAGCUUACCUCUCAAUUUCCUGUGAAAUGACAGAAUUGGCUUUGGCACAAAUUUUGUGACAUGGUCUAACUUAUACCUCAUUUGAUUGUUCCGACUUUGACAAAUAUCCAUAAAUGUAUGAUUAUGCAUGAGGACAAUAUUUCUAGGAGUAAACUAACUCUCAUAUUUUCUUUUUUUUUUUAUUGUAAAAUUCUCUGCAGGAGUCCUAUGUAUUUGUUAUACAAGGUUAAAUGGUUUAUUUGAAAAGGAACUCUGUUUUUUGUAACUCUGUCUAUUCAAAUAUUUCAGGUUUUUGGACUUGGCAAUAAGACAUAUGAGCACUUUAAUGCCAUGGGUAAAUAUGUGGACAAGCGGCUGGAGGAACUAGGAGGGGAGCGCAUCUAUGAACUAGGCAUGGGAGAUGAUGAUGGCAAGUAAGUUAAGCAGCCGGGAUAACUGAUGGUGGCUAGUGUAAUAGAAACCUAGGCUGUUUAGGGAGUUCUUCAGAACAAACAUUCUUGUGCUACAUCUCUGCUUAUAAAUGUUUGCUUGUUGAGUCCACGUCAAAGUAAUAUUGCCUCCAUAUUUUUUUUGUUUUGUUUUUUUCAGUUUGGAAGAAGAUUUCAUCACGUGGCGUGAGCAAUUUUGGCCAGCUGUGUGUGAGCACUUUGGAGUAGAGGCAACAGGAGAAGAUUCCAGGUGAGCCUCAGACCAUUUUCUUUGCAGCCUUCUCUAACUUGUCAUAAAUUAUGUAAAUUGCCUUGUUAUCGUUUGCAGUACAUGUUCAUCAAUGUACAUUUUUGACAAGUGGCAGAAUACCAUUAAAGUAGUAACUUCUAUAUUGCCUUAUGACAUACAUGAAAAUUAGAGAAAGCUGAUAUCCUCUUUCCUGGUAACCGUUUGACAUUUAUAUUUUUACUGGUUCAGUUAUGUAUAGUUAAAGGAACUCUAUAUGAUCAGAAACACAAACCUGUAUUCCUGACCCUAUAGUGUUAAAAACACCAUCUGCCCAUUCUUGCCCCCCUAAAUGUAGAAAAUCUUACUUCUAUUCCAGUCUGUUGUUGGCUCUGCCCUUGAUCUGGCUGACUUCAUCAGAAGUUAUGAUUGAGCCAAUCACAAUGUUUAAUCCAUUGUCCUUAUUACAAUGCUUAAAUGUUAUUUAGUUUAGAAAUACAUUGUGUGUGUGUGUUUGUCUUUUAUGCUUGUGCUUGGGGUUUUUUUUUUUUUUUUUUUUUACAUUUCCCAAUACCAAUGUGUUUCAAUUUCUCUUAAAUAUAACUUCACCUGCUCCCACAGUAUCCGUCAGUAUGAACUUGUGGUGCACACAGACGAAAAUAUGAACAAAGUAUACACUGGAGAGAUGGGUCGACUUAAAAGUUAUGAGACACAAAAACCGUAAGUAUGCCUAGUUGUUUUGUCUGGCUUCACACUUGAUCUGUGGAAUGCAAGUUGGUCUCUAAAGAUGGCAACAUAUGAUUUGAUAAGCGAAAUGUUAAAAGAAUGUGAAAUCUAUUGCUCCCAGAACCUUGGCCAAACCUACCUUUUUAUAGAAAUCCCUCUUCAUGAUAUGCCAGCCUUCAUUUAUUGUGGGAAAGGGAAUGAACAUCUAACAGUGAGUCCUAAGGGCACUGAGGAAAUGUCCCAGCACCCUGCAGGAAAUAUAUGCAAAUUAUCAUCCACACCAUCCAAAGUACUGCCUUAUUCCAUAGGGACAAUGGCUCCAAGUCAUUGCUGACAAACUUAAUGCUGGACAUGAUGAAAAGGUGACAGAGCACACUGUUCAUUCCUGUUUGCUGCGUAUAGCUGCAGACCGGUCAGAGUGCCCAUGAUUUCCCCUGUGCACAGCCAAAAGUACCUUCCAUGGAGAUGUGAACAUCAGAAAUGGACCUUGGAGAAAUGGAAGAAGGUUGUCUGCUCUGAACGUUUUCUUCUAGAUGUGGCAUUUAUACUUUGACACAUACAACCUACCUAGAGAUUGUUGCAGAGUACACCCAUUCAUGGCAGUGAUGUUCCCUUAUGGCCUCUUUCAGCAAUAUAAUGCACCAUGCCACCCUGUAUCAAUUUUUCAGGAAUGGUUUGAGGAGCAUGACAAAGUUCAAGGUGUUAAAUUGGCCUCCAAAUUCCCCAAAUCUCAAUAAAAUUGAGCAUCUGUGGGAAAUGCUGGAACAAAUCUGAUCCAUGGAGGCUCCACCUCACAACUUGCCGGACUUAAAAGGAUCUGCUGCUCAUGUCAGAUACCACAGGACACAUUCAAAGGUCUUGUAGGGUGCAUGCGUCGACACAUCAGCUAUUUUAGAAGCACAAGGGGAAGGAUUUACACAACUUUAGUCAGGUGGCUUUAAUGUUGUGGUUGAUCAGUGUAUAUCUGUAAAGCUCUGUUCAAUAUUUUUGUAUAAUAAUUCUUGCAGUUGUGUAUGAUAUGGAAUUAAAUUGAUUAUAUUGAACUGCUCUGAACCAUUACAAUGUUUAUAGGGUGCCAAAAAGCUAUUGCUGUUAUCUGUCUGCUGAUAGUAAACCAACCCCAAAGUUAGGAGAAUUGUCAUUUUUAACAUUGAAGUCAUUUUGUUUCUUCCUAAUUGCAGACCAUUUGAUGCUAAAAAUCCGUUCCUUGCUAAUGUCUCUGUUAACCGCAAACUGAACCAGGGUGGGGAGAGACACUUGAUGCAUCUGGAGUUGGAUAUCACAAAUUCAAAGAUUAGGUAUGGUGCCUGGUUAAGUGGAGAAUGUGUCCACUUUCUUGCUCACGUUUGUUUUACAAUCCAUUGUGUUAGAUUAACAAGAACAUUUCUAGUCCCUAGAUUUCCUAUCCUUUCCAUUGUCAGUCUUCUGUGGUUCUUUACAUGCUGUAUUAAAUAACAGAGCAGUAGAAUGUAUAUGUUUCCAGAACAAAGAGAUAAUGGAAUGUAGUACUCUAUUUAAAGAUAAAUAUCUUAGCAGCAACAAAACUUUUCAUGUAAUUUUAUAAUCGUAUCAAAAAUCCAUGUUUAUUAUGUCCAAUCAGAUGCCUAUUACUCCUAUUGUUUUUUUUUGAGAAGCACUCCCUAACACUUUGAACUAAAGUUGAAAGUGAGUGAGAGAGUAAACAGAACCGUUAAAUACAAAUUUAUUUUUGCACAAUGCUGUGUAUGGUUGUGUUCAAAGUGUGAUUUUAAUAUUUCUGUAUCCAUACCUGUAGGUAUGAGUCAGGCGAUCAUGUUGCUGUUUACCCAUCUAAUGAAUCUUCACUUGUCAAUAAGUUUGGAGAGAUUCUGGGAGCAGACCUUGACACUGUCAUAUCUUUAAACAAUCUGGAUGGUGAGUUCUGUGAAUUUGUCUAUUUUAAGCUGUCCCUUUCCACUACAAUCAAAGUCUGAAGGCCACAUGUUCUAGACACAGUGUACCUCUCUGGGAUGAUCUGAAAACCAUUGUGUACGGUUUGUGAUGUCUGUACUGACUCGUGCACAGAGUGGAAUGGCUUGGGUGAAAAAAAAAAAAAGGGGGGGGGCAUUUGUCAUGCUCAAAACUAUUUGGCUUUAUUUUGUUAGGGUAUACAUUGUGCUUGUAGUUUUUCUAGCAAAUAUAUAGAUCUAGAAAAGUUAUUUUAAAAUUGUUUUUUUUCUUCCAUCUGUCUAUAAAAAUUUCAUAAAUGCCAAAGAAUUGAUUGAAUAGGAGAGCAGAAGAGACCUUCCACAAGUGCGCUAUGUUAGCAUAGCGCUAUGUUAGCAUAGUGCACUUGUGGAAGGUCUCUUCUGCUCUCCUAUUCAAUCAAUUCUUUGGCAUUUAUGAAAUUUUUAUAGACAGAUGGAAGAAAAAAACAAUUUUAAAAUAACUUUUCCAGAUCUAUAUAUUUGCUAGAAAAACUACAAGCACAAUGUAUACCCUAACAAAAUAAAGCCACUGGCUAGGGAGUAUAACCGACAUCACGCUGUUGGCGUCAUGGAUGAAGUUUGCUGUACAUGGUGGAAGAGUUCUCAAAAAGUCAGUGAAGACUGCUGGAGGAGCAAGGGCGGACCCACCUCUUUAAUGAGAUUGCCACGUUAAGUGGUGACUGCUUCCCUUUAACCUUCCCACUGCAAUAAAUUAACCUUUACUCUUAUAGUAUGAUCUGUGCACCCACAGUGAUUAAAUGGAUUUAUACUGUCAGAAACCUGUAACAGUACAAGCAAUGCAGAUUUUUAUUAGGUUUGUUUUAUAUGAGUGGGUCAAUACAUUGUUUUAGAAGCUGUAUUAAAGAAACUGCCCAUUUAAAAAAAAAAAAUAAUUUAACAUUGCUUUUUAGUGGAUAUAACCCAAAUGAAAACAUGCUUGCAUUUAAUUAUGUUUUUUUUUUUUUCUGUUAUUGGGAAUGUAUCUAAAAACAGAUGGCAAAAACGGCAGAUAUUUUAUUUGCAGCAUUUGCAAGCCCUCCUUCCCAGCUCAGACUUUCUGUGGCUGUUCAAUCCUAGACUUCUCAAUGAGAAGUCUUUGCAAAGUGAGUACGAAGAGCAAUUGCCGACUUCUGUGAGUUUAGCUCAACUGAGCUAACCAAACCAGGAAGUAAUACAACCUGUUUUCUGCCUGAAAGCAAGGAGUGUUAGGUUACUUUAUAAAAGUGUUAAUUAAUACUAAAAUCUGCACUUUUUGUAAAAUAAAUAAGACACACUAUUCACACAAAGCAAUUUUUCAGCAAGCUUGUGUCCCUUUAAAAAUAAAUCUGUUACCAAAAAUAUAAAAUUAAUAUAAAUACACCAAGAUACACAUUAUCAGAUUCUAUAAAGCAAAUUUACUUAAUUCGGGUGCUUUGUUUGAAUGUUUUUCUAACUUUCUUUGCAGAGGAAUCGAAUAAGAAGCAUCCAUUUCCCUGCCCUACAACUUACCGCACUGCACUCACCUACUAUUUGGACAUCACCAACCCACCUCGCACCAAUGUGCUUUACGAGCUAGCACAGUAUGCAACAGACUCCAAAGACCAAGACCAUCUGCGUAAAAUGGCUUCAUCUGCUGCUGAGGGCAAGGUGAGAUGUCAAUCUUGAGCAGGACACUACAGGGUAGUCAAACUAGUGAGGCACUCCAUACCUAAUUUUUAACACCUGUCAAGUACCCUGAUAAACCCUAUUAAAUAGUUUAUUGAAGUGUACAAUAGAGACCGCUAUGAAACAAGUAUAAAAGUGAUAUAAACACAAAUACUACAAAUCACUUCCCAAAAACCAUAAAAUAUAUUAUAUACACACAGCCACUCUAAAAAAAAAUUUAAAAAGAAAAAUAAAGAAAUAUCUCAAGUGUUACCAAAAUACAAUUCGAUGCCGCUUAAAAAACAAUUUUGAUAUGUGAACCCUUGUGAGUUGCAAAGUCUUUCUUCUUCCCUUAAUUUCACUCCCUCUACUGUUCUAUGUUCAUUCACACCCACUACAGUGUAAGAGUUUUCUGCUCUGCUCCAGUCCUCCCGCCCCACCACCUGCUCCCUAGAUCCAAUUACCUUGCCUCUCAUUUGUACUCUGUCUUCUUCUUUCUCCACCUCUCACUAAAAUGCUCAAUCUCUCUCUCUCCCCUCUGGCAUAUUUCCAUCGCCCUUCAAACAUGCAACUAUAACCCAAAUUCUAAAGAAGCCCAACCUUGACCCUAACUCCCCAUCCAACUACCAUCCUGUUUCACUACUGCCUUUUGCAUCCAAGAUCCUUGAAAGAGUUGUGUAUGCGAGUUUGACAGACUUCCUCAAGUCCAACUCUCUGCUAGACCUGCUUUAGUCUGGUUUUCACGCUAAGGACUCUGUGGAAACGGCACUGACCAAAGUAUUCAAUGAUUUACUCAAUGCAAAAUCUCGUGGUCACUACUCUAUCCUAAUUCUCCUUGACCUUUUGCGCCUUUUGACACUAUUGAUCAUCAACAGCUUCUUCUCAUCCUCUGCAAUAUCGGUCUACAACAGCUUGACAAUUUUUUGGGGAAUCUAGGAGCCAGCUAAAAAACGUUAAAAGUUUUUUUUUUUUUUUUUUAAAGGGGCACUAAAAUCACCAGAACCACUACAGCUUAAUGUAGUGGUUCUGGUGCAUGUAAGCCUGUCCCUGUAGCCUUUUCAAUGUAAACACUGCAUUUUCAGAGAAAAGGCAGUGUUAACAUUGCUGGCUACUCAGACGGCCACUAGAGAGUCCUGUGUCAGUUCUCUGUAUGGACGCGCUGAAUGUUACCCUAUGGGAAAGCAUUGGCUUAGCUGAGAUGAACUCUGCAGUGGAGGCGGGACAAGCCACGGCAAAACCUGCACAGCGUGGGGGAAAAGGGUAAGUAAAAACACCAAUCGUGAUCGCAGGUACCUAAAUAGACACACACUCUCUGACAGACAUACACACGCGCGCGCACUCUGACAGGAGCACGUGCACGCACUUUCUCAAAUACUCAUAAAUUUAAAAAAAAAAAAUGUAUUUUAAUCCACCCAGCCUCCCUUCCUUUGGGAGAGAUGAGUGGACUUUCACUGGGGUCCAGUGGGGCUGCUCUCUCUUCCUGUGUGAGAGGGAGCAGUAAUCUACCAUGCAGCUCCUCUCUGCGGCCUGUGAUGCCGGGGCCGGAAUGAUGUCAUAUUACGUCUCCCGGCCUCAUUAAACAGUGCGAGGGAGCAGAGAGGAGCAGUUGGAAGAUCACUGCUCCCUCGCACGCUGCCCCAGCCAACCGCCUUGAUGCUCCAUUGAGCAGGACGCAUACAUGAAGCUCCUGGCGGCCUCCUACAGCGCUCACUGAGCCGUCCGCCUACAGCGCUCACUGAGCUGCUAUCCACAUGCUCCUGCGGGUGGAUGGCCAGCUCCUUUAUUUGCCCAGCCGGGCGUUUUAGAGAAAAAGCUGACAAAUCUCAGGUGCCAUCUAUACUGCCUCCCUAGGUAAAUUCAUUAGCUCAUUUGGCAUUUUCAUGCAAAUCUAUCUGUACUCUCCCCGUCCCUCUUGACUAGUGUCUCUGCUAUUUCAAACUGAAUGGCUGCCCACUUCCUUAAACUCAACUCAACUUAACCAAAACUGAAAUUCUGGUCUUUCCUCCCUCAAGUGUUGUCUGUCUCCUUCCAAGUCAACUGUGCUGCUAUCAGCUCCACCACGCAGGCUCACUGACUAGGUGUUCUCUUUGACUCCGACCUCUCCUUCAAGCCUCAUGUUCAGUCUAUCACCAAAUCCUGCCGCUUCCAUCUCAAAAACAUUGCGCUCAUCCAACCCUACUUAAUGACAGAUGCGACUACGGUGCUGGUCCAUUCCACUGUCCUUUCUCGCUUUGACUACUGUAAUCCGCUUCUCAGUGAUCUUACAUGCUCCCAACCUGCGCCGUUAUAGUCCAUAAUGAAUGCGGCGGCGAGGCUCAUCUUCCUGUCCGCCUGCUCCUCCCACACCUCCCCCUUCUGUCAGUCCCUACAUUGGCUUUCUGUAAGAUAUAUAGGGCUUCUUUUAACAUUUUGGUUCUUGCUUUCAAAUCUCUACAUAAUGCUGAUCCCACCUAUCUAUCCUCUAUAAUACACAAGUAUGUCCCGUCUAGGCCCUUACGCUCUGCUGAAGACUUACGGAUAUCUUCUGUCCGUACUCCCACCUCUGAUGCUCGCUUCCAAGACUUCUCACGGGCUGCACCGUUCCUGUGGAACUCCCUUCCCUCCUCCAUUAGAUGCUCACCCAGUCUUCAUUCCUUUAGCAGGACCCUCAAUCCUUCUGUUCCUGUGUGUCCAACUUGUCUGGUUACAACUACAUGUCUGUUCGUCAACCCACUGUAAAGCACUGCUGAAUUUGUUGGCGUUAUAUGAAUAAUAACAUAAUAAGGAAAAUGCCCACAGUGACAGGUUGGCUAGAAACAGUCCAAUGCCAAAAGUAACCAACAUGUGGUCAGAAAUAAAAAAAUUAAAUUAAAAUCCUAUAUCUAUGGUUUUUGGCCGUUUAGCAGACUUUAAGACUUGUGCAGUGCAUAGUAUCUGGUAUAAGGUGGUUCACAUACAUAGCAGUCCCAGAGUGCAAAUGCAGUUAACUCUAAAUCACUUACUCAUUUAAAAGGGAAACUACUCUGUAUGGGCAAACCAUGUUUAAAGAGCAGAUUACAAAAUUAUAAACCCAUUUAAAAGGAUCACGCUCAUAUAAUUUAUACAAAUUAUAAAAUUAACCAAUUUUUCUCCUAAAAUAGUUAUUUAACAAUACACAAUAUAUGUAAGUAAAUAUGGAUGUAGACAAACUAACCUACAAGGCAUGAUAUUCCAAUACUUCCUUUAAGUCCCUAAGGCAAGUAUGUCAAACUCAGUCUAGCAAGGGCCAAAUAAAUGAGGUUCAUGUUUAUGUGGGCCGCAAAAUAAACUUAAAUAUUUAUAGAAACGUAGGUUUCUUUUGAAAAGUACAGUAUAAAAAACCUCCCAGUAUCCCCCUCUACUAAAUCCCAGUCCCCCAUAUACUAAAUCCCAGUGUCCCCCUCUACUAAAUCCCAGCAACCCCGUCUAGCUAACAAGCAGACUCCACUCACAUUGCAGUGCAGAACAAUCUUGAGUAUCUGUUUGUUUAUUUUGGGGGUGGAGGGGAGAAAAUUUUUAGUAGGUAGAUAUUUAAAGAUGAACUGCGAGAAUGACAGACAUAUGUCCCCCACUACCAUCUCACAGACUGUGGAUUGAGAUCAACAGUAAAUGAUGCAGUGUCCUUCUUAAGUUGCAGACUUCUUGUGCAGCCAUAGGCAAGCUAUUGUAAACAUUCAUGGUAUACAUUUAAAGCAAACUCAAUGUAUCUCGUUUAAACAUACUACAUUGUAAAAUGUUUUAGUGUAACAGUUAUGCAUAACAAUAAAACACAAUUACAAUUUUUUCAAUUUUUUUUUUUUUUUUUAUAUACACACACACACUCUUACAAAUUCAAAAUGCUGAGCGCCUAUAAAAAAAUCAUUGGGUUAGAAGAAUAGAUGAGAGGGCAGAGAGUUACGGGGACUCUUAUCCUCUUAAAUAAGGGUCACUUGGGUGGUAUGAAUAUUUUGUGAGGUAUAUCUGUUGGGACAAGCACGUUGUACUGUACCUGUACUUCUAUAUUUAUAUUAAUCCAUUGUGGUGGUGGUGUUGGUGAUACUAAUGGUGCUGAAGAUGUUCUUUGACAUGAGCAGUUAUCAAAGUUACAUACUGAAUCCAAAAUGGUUUCUCUUUUAGAGACACGUUUUUCAGUAUCUUGGUCAUUCAGUACACUGUCUGUUUUCUGUCCUGUGGUCUUGUAUUAUUUAUUUCUAUAUUUAUUUAUUUUUUUGUAGGCUCUCUACCUUUCUUGGGUUGUGGAAUCGAGAAGGAAUAUUUUGGCCAUACUGGAAGAUGUUCCAUCUUUGCGUCCCCCACUUGAUCACCUUUGUGAACUGUUGCCACGUCUGCAAGCCCGUUAUUACUCCAUUGCUUCUUCCUCAAAGGUAAGAACUAUUGUGCAUUAUUUUGUAAAAGCAGUGCCUGCUGCUGGUCUGUGCAGCUCGCAUUCAGUCUACAAUCCUUUUUGUAAAAUGAUGUUUCAAACAUGUAAAACCUAGCAUGGCAACACUGGGAUCCCUAGAUACUUCCCAUAUUGCUCAGUGGUGCAUAUGGUUUGUCUGUGCACCCCUGUUAUUUAGCAACAUUUGAUAAAAAAUUCUAAUUAAUUUUGCAGACCUAAAGCUUACUCUGCGGUUUAAUUGAAAUCUACCGCUAAAUUACACAUAAACCUAAUUAAACUAUUCAGAAGUUAUUUUAGAACUUAAUUAAUCUGCAAAAAUAUUAUGCAAGGAAGCUCACGCCAUAAGAGAGUAAAACAGUCUGUCAACAGUUCCCUUUGAUUUAACCUGUUUUAGUCUAGCAAAUUGAUUUUUUGAGCUGGAAGAUUUGAUUGCACGUUGCUACAAUUUGCCUCCAAGUCACGAGAGAAGGAAGUAAAACUGUCAUCAAAAUUUGUGUAGAGCCAUUUGAAGGGUUUACACAGUGUUGGUUAUUUACUUAACUAAGAAUUCAAAGUGAAUUCAGUGAAUUUAAAAUAGAAGGUCAGCGUAGCCAAACUGGAAAAUUUUCCAGUUUGAUUAUUUUGACCUUAAUUUCAAAAUUCGAUUUGAAUUCUCAUAUUGGUAAAUGCCCAUGUGUGUCCAGAUGAAAACUGAUAAAAAUAAAUAAAAUAACCCGGAAAACAGAUGGUUUUGUCUUGCAGGCAUAUAUAUUUCCAUUUGCACUAUAGUUAAAUUUAUACGUUUCAUUUAAAUAAAAAAUAGAAAGAAUGCAUGAAUAAAAGUGAAACUCUGACUAAAGUGAUCAGCACAAAAUGUUUGAUCGAAUUGAUCAUUUAUAUGAAGGUAAUAAAUUUGUCUUCCGUUCUCUCAUGAAACUUACCCAUAUGUGUCUUGUGGAAAAAAGUUUUGUUUUUGUGUUUUGUUUUAAUGUAUUGGCUUGUUUUAUUUCUUUUCUUUUUCUGACGACAAAUAUAAUCUUUAGGUUUUUCAUUUUUGAAACAUUAUGCCAUUUAUGCUUCCUUUAUUUUUGUGUAGGUCCAUUCCAACUCUGUCCAUAUCUGUGCUGUGCUUGUGGAGUAUGAAACAAAGACUGGUCGGAAAAACAAAGGUGUGGCCACAAACUGGCUGAAAAACAAGCAGCCUUGUGACAAUGGCCACAAGUCUACAGUGCCCAUGUAUGUACGCAAAUCUCAGUUUCGGCUUCCAUUUAAACCCGCCACACCGAUCAUCAUGGUUGGGCCUGGCACUGGCAUAGCCCCCUUUGUUGGUUUCAUCCAGGAGAGAGAGUGGCUAAAGCAGCAAGGUGAGCAGGGGUUAGAAGUAAAUUGGAAUGGGGUUGUCUUAUUCUGCCCUGAUUUUGCUUACUACUGGCCUAAUCUAUCUAAAUCGUUGGCAAGGGUAUGUGAACCAAGGAAGUGAGCUACACAAUAAUUGCAGUAAAAACAAACUGCUUUUUUAGAACAUGAGAGACUGUUCCUAAACAGAACACAGGCCAUACAUCACGAUUACAGAAGCAAGUGUUUUCACUUUUAACUCUUUCUUGACAGUCUGUUGGACAAAUCCGAUUAUAUGUGGACAGUCCUUUGUGCAUGAUAUGUCUUUAAGGGGGUUAAUGUUGAUUACCUGCUUGAUUUAGAUGUGUUAAACCGUAAUUUAUUUAUUGGGGGUUGCCUUUAUGUGCUUUUAGGUGUUAUAAAAUUCCUUAGUUUCCAUACAACUUCCAUCAUGUCAUACUGCACUGGUUAAAGUUAAUUUUUUUUCGUUCCCAUUGGCAUAUUUAAUUUUGGUUUGGGCUAUGUUAUUUAAUGUAUGGAGAAUUAUGGAGCAAAACACUUGUUUUAUUAUCAGCGAGCCUGGACCUAGAGGAAAAAUAUGAAUGAUUAUUUAAAACCUUAUCUUUCCCAAACCUUUUUUUUUUAUUUUUUUUUUUAAAUCUCCGUUAAUACAAGUUCUUGAUUGCCCAUGCAAGGGCAUCAGCAGAACACUAUCUGCCAAUGAGCUAAAGCUAAGCAAUGCACCUCGAAGCUUGGCUCUGGCAGAAAGCUUCUGUCUUUCUGGCAGUAGUAGUGCAGACAGGUAGUGUCUCAUAAGAAGGCAACCUGUUCUAAAAUGCCAGAGCACUUCUGGCACCAUAACCACUAAUGCGCAGAUAUGUUUAGAAUGUUCCUUUAAAGUACAAUGGGAUAUUAUUAUUACGUUUAUUAUAUUGGUAAUUUUCUGUGCAUUAAAUUGUGAUGUACAUUUCAGGCAAGGAUGUUGGAGAAACUGUUCUGUAUUAUGGAUGCCGCCAUGAACAUGAAGAUUACCUUUACAAAGAAGAACUGGCUCGGUUUCACAAGGAAGGUGUUCUUACUCAGCUCAAUGUGGCCUUCUCCAGGGACCAAGAAAAGAAGGUGAGGUCACAAUGUGCCAUAUUACACAUUUCUUCAUAUUUGAGUAGAAAUGGUUAUGGAUCGCAUCACAAUGGUCACUCUUGUCAAUUUGGUAAAAAAAAAGCUUGGAAGAUGAUGGUACACUAUCAAAGAAGAUGCUUGGUAAAAACCAUUUAGCCAAACGUCACCAAUCCGCUUUUAAUUAAAAUUUAGUUUUAUUAAUUUUCCAGAUGUUCUAGCAAUACUAUUUUAAAUGACUGCAGUCCCUAGUAUUUGAUAUGCCAUAGAAAUUGGUAAUGAGAAACACAUAAGAUCAUGCUUUAGUGUUUGUUAAAGGUAAAUGUAUUGAGCCAAGUAUUGCUUGCCUAAAACAGUGUUUUACCUCCUUUAUAGUUGGGGAAACACCUUUAAUCCCACUUAAUGAAAAUAUGCUUUGCAUGGCAUUGCAUUGUGAUUCAGUUGUAUAGUUUAGUUUUUCUUUUUUUGAAAAUUUGUAUUUUGUACAAAUAUUUGCAAGUAUAAACACUCUCUUUACUUUCUCCUGUAGGUUUAUGUUCAGCAUCUUCUGAAGAAAAAUAAAGAACAUGUGUGGAAACUGAUCAGCGAGGAUAAUGCACACAUUUAUAUUUGUGGGUUAGUAUAAAACUAAAGUUCAACUUCUUCCUAUGCAAACCUGGGUAGCAUCUCGGUGUACGGCACACAGUACACACCGCAUUAUUUUAAAUGGUAGACUAGUCAUUCACUUAUAUCUAGCCAGCUACAUCCAUCUAUACACGCCAUAGAUGUCCUCGCUAAAUCUUGGUUAUGUCCAUAGAGGGUUAUGUCGUUGAUAUACUGAUUUCUACAAAGGCUGCUGCAGAUAUUUUUUUUUUGCUCUUUGUCAGAGGAAUAUAAGAUCAAUGUCACUUUGUUCUGUACUGGUAAGGAAGCCAGUGUGUCUGUGUCAUGAGUGGGUUAUUCCUGAUUGUUUAGCAAAGCCAAUUGUGUCAGUGGGUGGCAGGAAGGAAGAGGAACAGGGAGUGGGUGUUGUAUAAGUGUAAUGUCCACGAAACUUUGAUCAAGGUGGUUAAUUAUUGAUAACCUAACACUUGGCAAUAAAUAAAGUGUCAUAAAGAUACAAAAUGAACCUGUAAAGACAGGUUCACUUUAAGCUGGUUAUCUUAGAAACUGGAAUGUUCAAGUUCAUGGUACAUUUUAAGAAUCCAAUGAUAUCUGAAAGUGCAGUGGACUGUUUGUCAGGGUUCAGAAGUCAUUAUUUUGCUUUGUUGAAUGCAAUGUUAACUUAACGGGAAAGUCAACUUAAAGCAUCCUAGCUAGUUAUUAAAGCCAAUAUUCACAAUGGAUAUUCUGAAUGUAGAAUUUGCAUGCUAUUGCCUUCACAAAUAUAUUCGGUAUGUGUUUAUAUAUGAACCUCCGUUAAGAUGUCUUAAUGAUCCCCGCUACCCCUGGAAUCACAUACAUAUAGUAUACAGAGAUGACAAACUGUAUAUUGGCUGUUGAUUAUUUAUUCUUUUCUUGCAGUGAUGCCCGGAAUAUGGCCCGUGAUGUACAGAAUAUUUUCUAUGAAAUUGUUGCAGAGUACGGUAAAAUGGAACAUGCUCAGGCAGUGGAUUACAUAAAGAAACUGAUGACCAAGGGUCGCUAUUCUCAGGAUGUCUGGAGUUAAUCGAAGCAGUGUGUCUCUGCUAGGUGGACAAUGUAGAGAUGGCAUGAGCUGCUGUCUAGGACGCCCUGCAUGAGCCGAUUCUUGGACUGUUUAUGGAAAAAUUAUAAAUGCCUUUAGUGCCGAUAACCAUUCUGUGUUUUUGUUUUUUGAGGAAAAACUGAUUUUUCUUAAUCCCUCUGCUGAUUCUCAGAGGGUAGUAGGGAAGAACUAUAAUCCAUUCACCGUUUGAACUGUAACCAUUGCCACCAUCCCAGUCAAAAUAGUCAUUAUGAUCUUUGUGAUGAAAAGGAUUUUUAUUCUUGUAACCCUCAUUUUUUGGUGUAUUUCUGUCAAGGUGUUGUCAAUCAAAAUGUUAUUUUGAUACUGCAAUUGUCAUAAAUUCUAAGUUCUCAGUGUUUGUGUAACUUAAAGGCCAGUGUAUGAGAAGUCAGAUUAAUCCCUGCCAAACAGCCUUUGACAUGAUUUAAAAGAGGAUGAUUGAUGUGCAUGCUUUGUGUCCACAGGUCAGUUUCACCUGUGGCACAGUCUGAAUAUAAAUUACCAUUGGUAGGAUAAAUGGCCAUAGCUAUAGUAAAUUCCUUCAAUUUUAUUAAAAUUACCAGUGGUCUUCUCAAGCCUUAAUUAGUUAAUGGUUUGAUACCUAGCCAUUAAGGUAAGUAUGUUUCUACUUAUGUCCUCGCUUUGGACAAUGAUCGAAUUUUCUAUCAAAUGGCGAUUAUCCUUCUAAUGCAUCCGCUAUUAUGCACAUGACAAGUCUUCGUUGCCUACCUAAAUUAAUGCAGUUGUCAAAUAGAUAUCAGCGUAGUGUAUUUACAUAAGAGGGCAUAUCUGAUGGCACUAGCUAUAAGUGGAGACAUGUAUAUACACACAAAGCACCUCUAUCCUGGUAAUAUUCUGUGUGAGUGCAAUUUUCAGAAUACAAGGUGACCAUAGGAAAACUGCUAUUACAUUGGCUAAGUGAUGGGUAGGAUGCUAUAACUUACAGAAUUUGUGUUCCUUUGACAGUUCUCCAGUUAGUCCCUGCAGAUUUGUGUGUCUCCUAAAGCGCAGACUGUGAAAUACGUUAUUGCUGUCUUUGAGCGUAAAUACAUUCACAUGGGAGGGGACUUUAAGAGUAGGCCCUUUUGGCCUCUUGUAGACCAGUGGAAUUGGAAACUAUUGUCUAGAGGACAAUGUAUAAAGGUUUAACUCACACUUCAAGACAUAUUCUCUUGGUUGGCAUUAUAUUUUUGGUGAUGUUUUCCAGAAUUCAACCAAAUGUAGCUUGUAACAUCUAAGAUUAUUUAUUAUAGGAUUAAGUCUGGAUAUUUAAGAUACAGUAUUUGGGUAAAAUCUUUGUAAUUGUUAUUUUAAAGCAUUUCCCCAUCCUAGAAUUCUGGGCUCUUUUAUGUUGCGACAAUGUAUUACCAGAGUGACUUUGGGAAUGGGGUGUAUUUAUGGCAAACUGGCUUCUUUUUGUAUUUUAGAAUAUGAUACCAUGAGUGCCGGCAUAAGGAGAGCUCUGUAUCGCUUAGCAGAGAGAGUCCGUUUUGACACUCCUGGAUCCUAAUGUCUAAUUUGAACUAUCAAAACAGUUAUUGUUUAUAAUGUACUGGUCAUGGUAAACCUGAACUAAAUUUAAGAGCAUUAAAUGUAAGCUAUAGAUUGUGGUUGCAAAAAUGUAUGUAUAGAUUUUAAUUUAAAUCUCUUUAAAAAUGUUUCCCACUUGUCAAUCAUUUCUAUCUGCUUUGAGUUCUAUGGUGAGUAUACUCCUAUAGGAUGUUCUCCAUGUUAGUUAUUCCCCCAAGUAAUUACAAAUGAAGUGGCUAUUGCUCUGUAUUAAUGCCAAUGUAAAGCCAUGUUGGCGUAAUCAGGGAGGAUUGGCUCUGCUUGAGGACACUUCCCCAAGCAAGGCAAUCACUGUGCUGAGGUGGAGGGAGCAAGGAAGACCAAUGUGUAGUGGAACACCUAUGGAGUUUCCAGGAAUAGGGUUGCUGGAGUAGGAGGCAGCAGGCAAGAAAGUGUGUGACAACUUUUAAAGCAAUUCAAUAUAAAUCUAAUGAUAUAUUGGUUGUUUUGAGAUUUAUACGGUUAGUUGAACCUUGCACAAAGUGUUUACUUAACCCUUUAAGGACCAAACUUCUGGAAUAAAAGGGAAUCAUGACAUGUCACACAUGUCAUGUGUCCUUAAGGGGUUAAAGUAGUUUUGUUAUGUGAUAUUGAGGUCAUUGUUACUCUAUAAAAUACAAUCAUUCCUAUAUCUAGCACAGGGUUGGGCAACGUUCAGAUGUGGACUACAUGUCCCCUGAUGCUUUGCGAGCAUUAUGGAGAGGUAGUCCACAACAUCGGGAGUGCUGAAGGUUUCCUACCCUGAACUAUAAUGUACAUAUCUCACUGAUGACAGCUUUGCUAAGAUUUGUUCUGCAACAGUUGCAAGGCCAGGUUUAAUAAUACCUUAAGAUGAAUAGCUUGUAUGUUAAGUAAUAGAGAGAUUAUAUGGGACAUGCCUUUUGCUGCUGCAAGAAAACCUGAUUUAAGAGAUGGAAAGCAGGUAACAAAAAGACAGGAGAAAAGUAAACCUAACAGUGACCCAUUUAAGUGAUAAAAUACAGCAUUCCUUGGGGAAUUAAAGUAAAAAUAGACAGAUUCCAUAGUUUGUUAUACAUGAAAGAGUCUCCAGAUGUGUGUGUUUUUUUUUAAUACAGGUUGAAUCAUGUGGAAGCAUUACUGUCUCUAACAUUUUGAUGGUUAAUACACACAGAUCUGGCAUUGAAAGAUUACAUAUUUACUUAUGUUUUCUUGCACCAUGUACAUUCAGAUUUUUAAUGGUUUCCUUCCCUUUUCAAAAUAAAAAUUUUAAGAAACAAUGUGUUACACAAGAUUACCAUGAUUGUAAAUAAUUUUAAAUACAUAUUAAUCUUUGAAAUAAACUAAACAUUUCCAAUUCA